AUGACUGGAUGCAGGACAGAGCACCAAGUAAGUACAUAAGAAUAUAUGGUAUGUAUGUAUGUAUAUAUAUGUGCAUAAGAAUAUACAGCCAUUUGUCAUGGAUGCUUUAGCUGAGAUUCCUGCAUUGCAGGGGUUGGACUACGUGGCCCUUUGGGUCCCUUCCAACUCUACGAUUCUGUGAUUCCAUGAUUCUUAUUUUUAAAAUAACCUAAAACAUUACUGUAUGCUCAAUAUUUUAAAUGUAUAUUUUAUAUUCUUUGUAAACGGUUUACAGGUUUUAAUUUACAGUAUUAUACAUUUUGUAAUACACACACACAUUCUUUCAUUGUUUCUGCGGUGGACAUACACCAUCUAUUUUGCCUGAAAUCCUAUGACAGUGACUGUAUGGUGAAAUGUGAAAAUUGGUCUUCCCCAGCCUGCCGCCUGCAGAUGAUGCUGGGCUACAGCUCCAUCAGUCACAGGCAGAAUGUCCAAUGGUUAGGGAUGAUGGGAGUUUAUUUAAUUCAUCAAUGGAAUAUAUACAUAAAAAAUCUCUAAGCAGUUAAUAUAGAAAACCCUUAAAAUUCACUCACUCAUUCAUUUUAUUUGUAUGCUGUUUCUCCACACACACAAAAAAUCAUGCUCAAAAAGGUUUACAGCAAAUAAAGAGGGAUGCAUCUCAAACAAACACUACAAAAACUUUUGAUAAUAACACAGCAAAACAAUAACAUAAGAAUUUCAUUAUAACAUAGCAAAAGAGUAACACAAUAUCAAUUUCAGAAUAAUGUAGCAAAACAGUAACAUAAUAUUAAUUUCAGAAUAAUGUAGCAAAACAAUCGCAUAGUAACAAUUUCAUUAUAACAUGGCAAAACAAAAAUAUAGUAACAUGCAAAAAGCCACAUUUCCAUAAAUAUAACAACAUGCAGGAUCCAAAGCAAAAAUAACAAGGCAGUUUCGCAGUCUUACAUUAGUCCUAGGAAAUCCCCUCCCAUAAUGUUACUUAGCCACAAAAUCAAGACUAGAAUACAGAUAUAGUAAAACCAAAAAAUACAUACUGUCAAUAAAAACCCAGAAUCAAAAUAAUGAGUUCAAACUAAAGGCUUGAGCAAACAAAUAUUUAAUUUGUAUGUAAAGUGAGUCAGAGCUGACACAUUUUGGAUUGAACAGGGGAGGGUUUUCCAGAGGGUUGGUGCCACUGCAGAAAAGGCCUCCCUCCGUGUGGCCACGAGAUGCACUCUGAUUAUUGUAAAGACUGGACACAUCUGGAGGUCCCAGGUUGUGGAAGGCUAUCCAGACUGAGAGAGGUUAGGCAUAAUUCUGUUCACUGGAUUUGUAAUUUUCCCUUAUUCCUGAAGAAGCGCUGGUGAUGCCUUGAUUUUGCAAAGCACAGAAUAAAAAUGCUUUAAUAAAAGUUAUAGUUACAGGUAGGUAGCUGUGUUGGUCUGCCAUAGUCGAAACAAAAUAAACAAAUUCCUUCCAGUAGCACCUUAGAGACCAACUAAGUUUGUUAUUGGUAUGAGCUUUUGUGUAUCUGAAGAAGUGUGCAUGCACACAAAAGCUCAUACCAAUAACAAACUUAGUUGGUCUCUAAGGUGCUACUGGAAGGAAUUUUUUUAUUUUAAUAAAAGUUAAAAACUGAAACAUUUCAAGUCAGCACAAGAUUCUGGUAAAGUCAAAUUUCAUGCAGACUCUCAAAAAUUAGGUGCUGGGAUUAUCUUUCAGUGCUAUAUUCCCCACAAACACUUAGUUGGGGGAAAAACUGAGUGGCAAAGUGAGUCCAAGAGAUACAUUAGACUGCGGUCACGGUGCAUUUCCCAUGUCCAAGUAUUAAGGAACAGCUCUUACAGAUAUUAGAUCCCUUUAAUGCUGUGCACUGCAGUUGAAGCAGCGGCCUCAAACUGCGCAGCCCCCAGCCCCCUUAGCAACUCCCCGAGGCAUCUGGGUUCCCUGAAAUUCCCUUUCAGAUCCCUGUGUGGCCCCACAUCUCCACAAAGGCCUAUGACAUCCCACUCUGCAGGUUGAUGCCUGCACUCUAACUGCAUCAAAAGGCCAUUGAUCACCCUGCAUUAUUGAUGGAUUUAAGGGUACUUAGCACUGUUGAAGAGGCAAGAUAGGGAUAUUUCUAGCAAAGCUUAGCAGCAAAACAAAAUCACAGUCCAAGAGUGAAAAAGCAGCUCCAAGGUGGGGCAGAAGUGACCUCUGCUUGGCCGCUGCUGCUUCGGUGAUGGGGAAUCAACCAGCAAGGAGCAAUUCUCCACCUGCAUGGUAUCGUUGCCCCUUUAAAACUAGAUGGAAGAUUUCUGCAGGCUGCGGGAGUCCCAUGUUGAACUGUUCCUGCCAUCCAAGGAAUCGAGACCAGGAGCUAGAAGCAGGCACUGGAAGAACCCGCCCUUCUCCAGGAUGGAAGGGAGUUGGCACUUUGGAUCCCAUUAAAGGCAAGGCUCCCUGGGGUUUUCUUUCCUUCUGUGCUUGCAUGCCUCUUGUGGGCUGGCUCCUUUGGAGAGGAAAUGAGUGCAGUUUACAGAUGUUUUCUUGAUUUCCCCCAAAGAAGAGGCCUGUAGUGCUAGGAGUGGCUGCUUUGCAGAUUAAUCCCAAGAACAGGAAGGCACUGGGAUGUUAUAUGCAUUGAGGAGUGAGAACUUCUGUAUUUCUAAUAAUGGGUGGCAUCAGGAAGCUCUGGCUAAAAGAGGAUGUUACCACAUUGGAAGAGAGAUGCUAAAGCUACAGGGCAGCUGGGAUAUUCCUUUUCACCUUGGUCAGAACAAUCUGAGUCAAGAUCAGGGUACUAUUUUAGAUUUUAACUGAAGGUGAAAUUGCCCCAAAAAGGGGCAUUUAGAGAGCAUGUGCUGUGUAUACUUAAAAAAAAAAAAGGUCACAAUAAUAUAGGUGUUCCUGAGGAAUAACAUGAGGGUUUGGAGGAUUGUUAAGGAGACUGUGAUCUUUCUCUCUUAAAUUGUUGUUUGGGUUGAAAGAGGUCAUGCCGAGUGUAAUGACUGCUGGUUAAUGAAAUAAUGUGUGUGCUCUGAACUCUCAAAGUGCUUUAUAAUCCUGAGUAUUAUUGCUAAAGCUGCCAUCACAUUGGUAGCAAAUUUUCCCAAACCCAAAUAAACUUUGUACGUUGAGAUGUUGCGGCCAACAUGGCACCAGGGGUAGCGAACAUGGUACCUUCCAUAUCUGUUAAGACUCCAAGCCCCAUCAGCCCCAGCUGGUAUGGCCAGCCCAGUGGUUAGGAAAGAGGGGGGUUAUAUCAUCUUGCAUCCUCUGGAGGGCACCCUGUUGGCUACCCCUGGCUUUUUACCCCUGCAGUAGCAUCAAGAUGCUGCCCUUGCAGACUUGAAUAGCAGCCAAAAUGCCUGCAGCAGGGACUUCUUGCAUCCUGCCUUCUAAAGGCUGCCAGGAAAUCCUGCCCACCCUGAAGCAAGCAAAUAGUCUUCCCAUUUCCUCUCUCCCUGCCCCUCCAAAAAAACAAAACCCUGCUCAGUCUUCCAAGCAGCUAAAUGUAUCAUGUUCUUUGAUGGAUACAGUGGUACCUCGGGUUAAGUACUUAAUUCGUUCCGGAGGUCCGUUCUUAACCUGAAACUGUUCUUAACCUGAAGCACCACUUUAGCUAAUGGGGCCUCCUGCUGCCGCUGCGCUGCCGGAGCAUGAUUUCUGUACUCAUCCUGAAGCAAAGUUUUUAACCCGAGGUAAUAUUUCUGGGUUAGCGGAGUCUGUAACCUGAAGUGUAUGUAACCUGAAGCGUAUGUAACCUGAGGUACCACUGUAUCAUGAACUCAAUGCCAUAGCUAUGGGGCAGGGUGAGGGAGCUAGCUGGGGUUUUUUUGCCCUGGGUGAAGCCUCCAGAGGGGCAGCAUUGAGGCUCCCUGCCUGUAUGUGUGUUUACGCAAUUGUGUGUGGGGUGUGUGUGCGCGCCAAACUGGGUCUUUGACCUGGGUAAAAUAAAGGCUUGUUUCGCCCCUGGAUGAACUCUGUGCUGCAUUCUUCAGAUUCCCUUUGAAUGAAUGUCUGCCAAAGGUUGGAAUGCCAGGUGAGCCAUAAAUUGAACAAACAGGCCCGUUUCCACCGGCAGUGUAAUCUACAGUCCACCUCAGAAUCUCCAUGAAGGACAAUGAGCAUUUUGCAUCACACAAAAUAUUCCCCAGUAACAAUUCAUUCUGGAAUUAACAUGCGUAGAGAUUUCUAAUGGCAGAAUUGUUCUGUAUGCUUCCUGUGAUGUGCAUCCCUUUUGGAGGCAUUGGGCAUGGUUGCAUUUAGGUUUUCAUAGAGAGAUGUGUGAAUAAACAUAAUGGGAUUAGACAACGUCACGGAGGAUAAAGCUAUCAUUGGUUCCUAGUCAUGAUGGCUUUAUGUUAUCUUCAGUAUUGGAAGUUAACAUAAAUAACAGCUGCUGGAGAGUAACCAUGGAAGAGACCUUUUGCCCUCAUGCCCUGCUUGUGUGCUUCCCAGAAGCAUUUGGUUGUGGGAACAGGGUGCUAGACUAAGUAAGCCGUUAGUGUGGUCCAGCAGGGAUCUUCUGAUGUUCUUCUAUGUUUGACUAGUGAAUCAAUUGGCCAUGUUGUUUAUGUGUUCUUCUGAGCGACGAGAAAUUCCAAGGACAGCACUUCUGGUUUUGCUUCUGUUCGGAUGAGAGAGCACGGAGACUCUUGGUUGCAAAAAUACAGGGCAACAAUAAACAGAGGCAAACAAGCACUUCUAGAAAGGAGAGAGAACUUGGGCGGCCGCCUCCAAGGUGCCACCGCCAGUUUCAGCUAGUCGCUUCUAGAAACUCUCUGCGUUCUCUCCUCCACCUUUGUUUCCUCCAAAACUGCCAGCUACUGUUUCUUUCUCAAACACAAUCUGUAGUGGAUGGUAAGGUGGGGUGGUCAUGGUGCUUACCUGACCUCCCGGCAGUGGAAUCACUGUGAUUUAUCAUGAGGGAGAGUGGGAGGGGCAAGGCAGUGGGUAAGGUCAGCAUUGUGCAAGUGCACCAGCAGGAACACCCUAUUGGCUUGGGUAAAAAGUUCGUUCAAGCAUUGCCUAGGGGUCAUCAUUCACAGAAUUGUCAUAGAUCUGGUCAAGCAGCUUUCGGGCUAGAUCAGGGCAGUUGGUCAGGAGCUGGUUGAGUUUCUUGAUCAGAGAGUGCCCUGUAUUUAUCUCCGGUGUGGGUUAAAGAAUUGUAUUUUUGCAGCACUGACCUCACUGACACCUUGUUGUCGUCAUCCCCCCCCCAGUAAACAGCAGUGACUUCACAGAAGGGAGGUCGGAUAAGCACUUCUACCCAACCCUGCCAUCUGCUAUUGCUCACAAUGCGCCACACACUUCUGUCAAACAUGACCCCAAGUGAACUAUCCUUGCAGGGGACAGUCCACAGCCAUUUAGAAAUACUAAGAUCAUGGUACCAAAUCCAAGAUUCUUAUAAGUCAUCAUUUUAGGGCAAAACUAUGGUGGCAGAUCCAUUCACAGGCAAACUCACAACCCUAUGUUUUUAUGGAUUAAGCUAUUAUACAUAUUCACACACACACACACACACACACAGUUUCUUUAUUUCUCAGAUUCCGAUUCCUAUGCUGCUCACUUUCCCCUAAGCAAUGAACAAUUAACAUUUGACAAAAUAAAAAUAUUAAAAACUGUUCAGCAAUCAAAGAACUGCAAAGCUGGUCCUAAUACAGGGAAGGCUUGGUUAGAUAGUUUUCUUUUGAGCAAACUUCUUAAAGAUAAAACAGAAGAAGCUUGCUUAAUACAUAUUGGGAGGGUGGUCCACAACAUUAGGGAGCUCUGUUUUCUGGUGGUUGUAGAGUGGGCAUCAUGUGGCAUCAGGAAAGUGCCUUGGCUGACAACCAUACUGCUUGGGCAGAAAUGAAUGGGGCUGUCCCUCCUGCAAACUGGCUCCAAGUUGCUUAGGGGUUUAUAAACCAACAACAGCACCUACGCUUGGGCCCAGUAGCACACUGGCUGCCAGUGCAGAUCUCUCAGCAAUAGUGUUGUCUGCUAUUCCCAUCUUCUGCUCUAAGUGUAGCUUCCAGACCAAUUGACAGGACAGCUCUCCAUAGAGCAUAUUGCAGUAGUCCAGUACUGAGAUUUCCAGUGUCUGGCCCACUGUGGUCUAGGAAUGGUCACAGCUGUCAUAGGCAUAGCUGGGGGGGCAGCCCCCAUCAAUAAAAAUCAAUAAAAUAUAUAGCAAACUGAGGUUCUUCCCCCACCACAAAAGGCCUGCCUCCCUAACAAAAAUCCUGGCUAUGCCCAUGACAGAUGUUGUACAUAUACCGGUACAUACAUGAUUUCAUUUGCAUGCUGUCUUUCCACAGUUCAAACCAUGCUCAGAGCAGCUUACAACAUGAAAAAAACACAUAACUACAACCUAAGUAGUCUUAAACCAGCCUAAGAUGAAAAAACGAGUCCCUAGCUGCUAAAAACACGUUUCCAGCGACAAAGAUGGACCUAGGAGCACCCAGAGACCAUAUACCUCAUCCUUCAGAGAGAGUUUGGCCAAAUUCAGAACAGGUAAUUGGUCUGCCUCCCGGACAUGGGAGCCAAACUGGUCUUGUCAGGUUUCAAACUCCGUUUAUUGGCCCUCAUCCAGUGCACCGCUGCAUGCAGGCACCGGGGCCAGACUCAGCCAGCCGCUCCUGAUUCAGACGUUAUGCGGAAGUAAACAGCAAUUGGAAAUCCAUUUAACUUCCUAACGUGGCAAGAAGGAAUAAGAGGGAAACUUACCAGAAAUAGCCACUCAGACACCAGCAGUGGCUCUCUUAGUGAGCUCUAGAUAUUGUUGGACUGGACACCACUUCCCGCCCUCCCUGACCACUGCCCCUGCUGGCUGGGGCUGAUGGGAGUUGGAGUCCAGCACAUAUGGCCAGCCACAGUUGAACCUUCCGGCCCUACAGGAAUCUAGCUCACACCCUUCUCCCCUGCCUUUGCUUCCUUUCCAGACGGGUGGCAAGGAGCAAGGGCAGCUCUGCAGUCUCAGUUGAAGUUUAACCAGCGGUGAAAAGCCUCUCUUUUCAAAGGCACAGGAGAGAGAGAGAGAGAGAGAGAGAGAUCCUAGAAAUGGGGGAGUUGCGCAGGUGGCUGGACCAGACGAGCUAGUUUGAGCAAAUAAGCCGGGCAGCGUCUCAGGCCAGCGGACAGCAACGCGGCUGUAAACAACUUGGCAACCCGUUUCCUCUUCGCAAACUUGCGGCGCCCCCCUCCCGCGCUCUCAUUGUUUGGUAAGGUAGUGCGCGGGGGAGGCGGCGGAUAAACACCCUGUUGAUUAUUGCCCCGUUCCAGUUUGCGCCGGGAAGCCUCCCCCCCCCUUUAUUUUUCUCCCGCCCUCUCCGGAGGUGUUUACAGCUGCGCUCCUGGGUAACCCAUUGACCUCCCCGUCCGGCUGCGCUGCUGGGAAACCAGCAAGGCUGAUAAGGCUCCCUUCUGGAGAAAUUCCUGUUCCUUGCGCCAGGGCGGGGCAGAAGCUGGACCCCAGCGCGAACAGUUUGUCUCAAGUUUCCCUUCCCCGCCCGCUCGCGCCCCUCCUCGCCUUUCGCCUCUCUUCCCAAUUACGCGCCCGAGGUGCUUUGGGAAGGGGAAGGGCCAGCCGGGAACAGGGGAGUCGAAGAGAACGUCUGUAGAUGAGCCUCCAGGUCAGUACCAUCCAUUUGGUCCCUGCUGAUUUCUCGUCCCCCCCCCCCCUUUCCUCCCGAGUCCUCCUCCCAGCCACCGUUUUGAUUCCCUCCCUGGCAUGCCUUGCCUGCUGCCUCCCAGUGCAGCCAGCCGCGCAGGCGGAGGCAGCGUGUGCGCCCGUGUGGCGCGCUCUGCCCCCUGCGCUCGCCCGGCACCGAGAAAGCGGGCACAAAGAAUGGAGGAGUCGCUCUUUUGGUAUCCGGACUCCGGAAGCGAUAGUCUUAUGCUUGCAUCAUGGGCUGCUUCUCUCACCCCCUUGCUCCUCUCUCUCUCUUCCCUCCAGGGAAGGGCCAUAGAGCAGUGAUAGAGCACCUGCUUUUCUUGCCGGAGGUCCCAGCUUCAGUCCUUGUCAUUGCCAGGUACUGUUGAAAAAGUUCCUUGUCUGAAAUCCUGAAGAGCUGCUGCCAGUCAGUGCAGGCAGUACUGAGCUAAGUGGACCGAUGGGUCAGAUUCUGCACAAGGCAGAUUCCGACAUUCCAGGGUUCUGGAGCACUGCUUUAGCUAGCCUCCCAAGUCGUGUGGCUGUCCUUCACUGUGAGCAGUCUUUGAUAUACACAUUGUGUACUGUGGCAGUCACUGCAGAUGGCACAGUCCACAUGGGAAGGAUCUGCAGGGUUCUGUGCAAAAAAAAUUUCACCUUUCAUGACUGGAUAUCGUUGCACUACCUGGAAGAACAAGAAAUUGGGGAUGCAAAGAGUGAAUCCUUCCCCUUCCUGCAAGAAAUUCAGGGUUGUGAAGAUCAGGGCCUCAGGUGGCAGAAUGCAAGGGGUAUUUGCCAUGAGUGCCACAGCCAGAGAAGGAAGGAGAAGCGACUGAGGUGAUAGCGGCUUCUGGGUUCUGGCAAGAUCUCAUGGGAGCUCUGCAAAAUCUCACAAGAUCUUGCUGGGCUCUUGCCAGAACCCAGGGGACAGGCCGCCCCUGGCGAAGAUAUCACCCCCCCCCCAGCACACCACUGAGGCAGGUGAAAUUGAGAGUGUGCGUUUUGACCAAGGCUAUCCAAUACGGUUGUACCUUGGUUUUCAAACAGCUUAGUUCUCAAAUGUUUUGGCUCCUGAACGCCGCAAACCUGGAAGUGACUGUUACGGUUUGCGAACCAUUUUUGGAAGCCAAACGUCCGACGUGGCUUCCGAUUGAGUUCAGGAAGCUCCUGCAGCCAAUCAGAAGCUGCACCUUGGUUUUUGAACAUUUUCGGAAGUCAAACGGACUUCUGGAAUGGAUUCUGUUCAAGAACCAAGCUUAAAAGCUUAAAAGUUAAGCCACUCAGGCUUGAUCUAAUCCCCUGACAGCACUUGUAAGCUUUACGCCACAGUGGCCUUGCUGUGGUAGAUGUAGCAAGAGAAUCUGGACCAGCAUGCAGUUCAGAUGUUGAAUAACUGUCAGAUAUAGGCAAGCAUUUGCAGGGACCUCUCUAUCUAUCUAUCUAUCUAUCUAUCAUCUAUCUAUCUAAUCUAGCAGAUUCAGAAUGCUUUAAUUUGUGUCAGCCAAUGGAAUCUUGUUCAUGUCUGCUCAGAAGGAAGUCCCACUGAAUUCAUUGGGGUUUACUCCCAGGUAAACGUGGAUAGGAUUCCAGCCUUCGCAUCCCCGCAUACUCCCUGAACUCCCAAGGACAUGGGCUCAGGAUUGCUUCAGCCCUUUGUACACAAAAACAGGUAAAAUGGUGAUUUGCAUAAUAAUCCUAUGCAUGUUUACUUGGAAAUCAAUCAAUGGCCUAAAUCGGCAGCUGUGAUUGUAAGUAAGCACCAGGGAUAGUUCCCAUCCCCCUUUGGACAAAUUUCUCUUCAAUGAACAGGGAUGAGUAUGCAUAAUUGAAACGUUGAAUCAUAUGAGCUACUGGAGCUAUGCAAACUUGUUGAAGGAAGUUGAGAUAUUGCUAAAUGCGUGGUAGGAAAAGAGGAUCUGUUUGUCACUAAGAAGAGUUGCCAUGUUGCAUGGGAGUCAUGCCUUUCUCUCAUUCCAGGCACUCUGACCCUUGAAUUGAGCAGUAAGAGCUCCAGACCCUUAAUGAAUUGCACCUCUUUACCCUAUAACUAAGGGACGCGGGUGGUGCUGUGGGUUAAACCACAGAGCCUAGGACUUGCCGAUCAGAAGGUCGGUGGUUCAAAUCCCCGUGAUGGGGUGAGCUCCCAUUGCUCGGUCCCUGCUCCUGCCAACCUAGCAGUUCAAAAGCACACCAGUGCAAGUAGAUAAAUAGGUACCGCUCCGGCAGGAAGGUAAACGGCAAUUCUUUGUGCUGCUCUGGUUCACCAGAAGCGGCUUAGUCAUGCUAGCCACAUGACUCGGAGGCUGUACGCUGGCUCCCUCGGUCAAUAAAGCGAGAUGAGCGCCGCAACCCCAGAGUCGGCCACAACCGGACCUAAUGGUCAGGGGUCCCUUUACCCUUUACUUUUUUAUCCUAUAACUGCUUGCCCAAAUCUGGCUUUAUUUGCCAAACUUUUGAGUCUGAUUGGAUGUUACCGUUUCUUUGCAGUUUCUCUUUACCUUUCCUACCUUUUGCAAAUAGAGAAGAGGAAUAUAACAAAUAGCCCUUAAGUUUCCAGUGUUCACAACUGCAGCAAAGAACUUUAAUAUAAAACAGCAAGAAGACCUGGCCAGUUUAUUAUAUGGCCAUGGCUUUGCUUCCUAUCAGGCUUCCAGCACGGAAUCCAAUUAACCUAGCAUAUCCUGCGAUCUUUGGAUGAAGGGUGUUAUAGAAAUUUUAUAUGAAUGAAUGAGUGAAUAAAUAAAUAAAUAAAUAAAUAAAUAAAAAUAUACAGUGGAAAAGAUAAUUUUAUGUUAAAUAAAGGUCCCCGCCCCCUCUGGAGGAUGUAUUUGGACAGCUACCUAUUUCCAAUACAAAUACCUACACAUUGGGAUCAUAUUUGUGAUGAUUUGGGAGGGUAAAGAGGAGGCUGUACCUAAUCACCACCCACAAUUCUGGGUACUCCAUGCCCUACUCCCCCCCCCCAUUUUUUGGCUAGCAAUACUGUGUUUAUCCACACAAUUGCAUCCAGGAUGCUGUAUAUUAGAUAGGGAUGGGUAAUCUACCUUGCUUCACUAGGGAGGAGCAAAAAUCCAGCCCUCCUGCAGCUGUGGGGAAGAUGUAAAAAAUAUGUGUGUGAUGGAGAUAGUCUGUGCAUAUUCAUGACUCUAGAAAUUGGAAAGCCAAGGCCUAGCAGUGACCCCUCUUCCCCUCAUGUUGGUGAGUGAUUUUUAUUACAGUGGUACUUCAGGUUAUAAAUGCUUCAGGUUACAGACGCUUCAGGUUACAGACUCCGCUAACCCAGAAAUAGUACCUAAGGUUAAGAACUUUGCUUCAGGAUGAGAACAGAAAUUGCACGGCGGCAGCGGGAGGCUCCAUUAGCUAAAGUGGUGUCUCACGUUAAGAACAGUUUCAGGUUAAGAACGGACCUCCAGAACGAAUUAAGUUCUUAACCCGAGGUACCAUUGUAUUAUUAUUGUGUGAGGAGGCAUAUGACUGUGGUUUGUUGAAUUACCUGCUGCUGCGUGUAAAUCUAAAGCCAUGAAUGCUUUUUGCAUAAGAGGGCCAAUAGUUUCGUUGAGGUGAAAAUGUAAACAGCUGUUUUGUUUUCAUCCGGUAGUGAUGGGGACAGGAGUUGAGAGAGGUCAUCAUGAAUGGAUCCGGUAUUAUAAAUGAAGAAGGGUGAGAGGGUCAGUGCAGAGAGUGCAGCUUCCCCACUCUUCCUUUUAUUUUUUUUUACUUUCUGUUUUUCCAUUGAGUGUGUUUGAUUCCCUUAUCUUUAGCCCAUGGCUGAAUGCCUUGAACUCCACUGACGUGAAUGAGGGUUUUGCAUGAAAUAGAUAGAUCUUCUGAUAACUGAUAAGCAUUCAGUUGUGACAGGAAAGGCGGCAGAACACUAUCCCAAGUUCAAGUUGAUUUUGAGGAUGUUUUAUCUUCCUGAGAUGGGGAACCUCAGGCUUGGGGGUCAGAUGUGGCCCUUCAGACAUCUCUGUCUGGCCCUCAGAAUUCCCCUCAGGCCACAUCCCUCCCUGGCCUUGCUUCAUGCCUGACUGGAAUAUGCCCUUGAAUUCUGAUAAUGCCUCUUGCUUGGCUGAGUGGAAGACAGAGGGAGGUGCAAGCAGACCCUCUUUGACCAGGCCUUUGGUUGAUUGACAUUCAAUGCCCUUUUAAAAUGCAUUGUGAAAGAGGGGCAUGAUUGGGUUGUCUUUGUUUUUAUCAUGUAUUUAGUGUUUUUAUUUUUUAUAUAUUGUGAUUUUAUGUUGUGAACCGCCCUGAGAUUUACGGGCAUAUGGCGGUAUACAAAUUUAAUUAUUAAUGUUAAUAAUAAUAGUGCUGUUCCAAGGUACAUUUUUUGCUCAGUCUACUUUGGCCUGUGUCCCCACCCACCACUGGUAUGUGGCACUUGGAUGGCUGCCUGUAAGGGGAGGUGGCGCUUGGGUGUGUGGCAUGGAGAGAGUUUUAUGGGCCACAUAGCCACACCUGGAGGGCCAUAUUCCCCCCUCCCCCAGCCUGAGGAUCCCCAUUCCUGCUUUAUAAGGAUAGGUGCUUGCUUAUAAACAGUGGUGCUAAGGGUUAUAAAAUGUCCAGUAAGAAACAAUGCAUUCCACUGGGGAGGACCUGAGGUAAAGGUAAAAGGCAAAGGUCCCCUGGGUGGUUAAGCCCAGUCAAAGGCGACUAUGGGGUUGCGGCGCUCAUCUCACUUUCAGGCCAAGGGAGCCGGCGUUUGUCCAUAGACAGCUUUCCGGGUCAUGUGGCCAGCAUGACUACACCACUUCUGGUGCAACAGAACACUGUGACAGAAGCCGCUGAGUGCACAGAAACACCGUUUACCUUCCCGCCACAGCGGUACCUAUUUAUCUACUCACACUGGUAUGCUUUGGAACUGCUAGGUUGGCAGGAGCUGGGCCAGAGCCAAGGGAGCUCAUCCUAUUGCACGGAUUCGAACUGCCAACCUUCUGAUGAGCAAGCCCAAGAGGCUCAGUGGUUUAGACCACAGCACCACCCGCUCCCAAGAGGAGGACCUGACCAUUCAGGUAGAGGUGUGCAGCUUAUUCUGGAUGGGAUUGCAGUCCCCUUGAAUCCACAGAUCUGCCACAUGGGGAUGCUGCAGGAGCCACCACUCCCAGUUGUCCAGGCGUAGGUAGACAGUGGUGACUUUGACCAAUUUCACCUAUUAUGCCAACUGCACCCAUUACUGGAUAAGUCACAUCUGGCUCCCGUGAUUCAUGUCCUCUUCUCCACCAAGUUGGGCUAGUGUGUCAUGCACUUUGUGUGGGGCUGACCUUGAAGACAGUCAGGUAGCUUUGGUUUCCUGAGAAUGUAGCUGCCAGGGUGUUACCUGGAGCCAGGAGAAUGGACCUUUUUCACCCAUCAUCUACCACCUGCAUUGAGUUCCAAGUGGGCAGGGACUGAGAUUUGUAAAGAACUGUCCCAUUUCAUCUAAGUCUACACAAGAACUCUACAAAAGAGGCUCUUGUUGCUGGAUAUACAGUGGGUGCUCAUGAAGGAUGGAGUCUUUUUUAUUGUAGAAGCCAAGUUCAGGAGGAGCCUCCAAACAGGGACACACUUGUCCCUGCCACUCUUGUUAUUUUCAGUAAAAGUGCCCUUUUGAGACUGGUUUCUAUCCACCUCUUUCCAUCACUUCAUUUAUGCUGCAUGAGCUAUGCUGUUUUAUACAGUGGUACCUUGGGUUACAUACGCGCUAACCCAGAAAUAGUACCUCGGGUUAAGAACUUUGCUUCAGGAUGAGAACAGAAAUCAUGCUCCGGCGGUGCGGCGGCAGCAGGAGGCCCCAUUAGCUAAAGUGGUGCUUCAGGUUAAGAACAGUUUCAGGUUAAGAACGGACCUCUGGAACGAAUUAAGGACUUAACCCGAGGUAUCACUGUAUUGCUUUUAUUAUAUGCUGCUUUGUGUAUAUGAUACAUUCAAAAUCGGGGUAUAAUAUUUUUUUUUUUUGAAAAAAAAGUAUUCAUAAUUUUAUUUGCACUGUGCUUAACAUAUUAUCUUCCAAGUGCGAGCAUUUUAUGUCUUUUUUUAUUUGGAUCUGAAAUACAUGGUUGAUUUCUCUGUCAUUAGAAAUAAUGUCAUGUUUACAAUGCUGUGUGCUUGCAAAUUAAAUAAUCACUUUGUUGGCAUUUUUAAUUGACAACCCCAAAAUUUAGGCUGAUAGUCUGGCUUGGACAUCAGCUGUCCAUCAAAGAUCUGCUUAUUUGUUUAGUGAUAUUUAUUGAAGCUUCAAAGAAUACAAAGCAGAAAUAAAAAUAAAAUAAAAUACAAAAUACAGAAAAAAGAAUAAAGUUUUUAAGAUAUAACAAAAAAAAAGAAAAAUAAAGAAAAACAUACAAGAUAAAAACAGUUAAAAAAAACACGUUAACUUUCCAUAACAUAUCUUCCUUACACUGGAUUCCCCGGAUCCAGUUCAGUUUGUUAGUUCAGCAAAUCCUUACCAUUAAGCUUUUACCCAUUUGUAAACCUUUUUUCGUAUCUCUUAAAGCAUUACAGCUGGAAACCACUUAGUUUCUAUCCAACAUCCUUCUAAGAUUCAUUAAUUUUACAAUAUUUCUGUAAAUAGUCUUUAAAUUUCUUCCAGUCUUCUUUCACCGACUCUUCUCCCUGGUCUCGGAUUCUGCCAGUCAUCAAAAUCGGGGUAUAAAUGAUAGCAAUGAUAAAAGUUUUACUUGGAGCAGAGCCACUGAAAUUAAUGAACACAGUUAAGUUAAGUUGAUUGAUUUCAACAGGUCUGGUCUGAGUUCAACAUUUUGAAUUCUACCCUUUUCAAUGUAAAAUUCUCAUUCUCCUAUUGAUUGAAACAAGCGGGUUUGUGAUACAGUGUCAUGGGGAACAAUAGCUUGGAUUAUGUAUUUUGGUUCCUAGAGAAGAGAAAAUGGAGCACAGGUUGUAGCAGCACUAAUGAGAAAAACUCUGACAGUGAAAAGAUUUAGGAUGAUCAGUUUCUGUUGCAGCUCUUGGCCUGCUGUUUUCCUUUAAACAGCAGGAGCAGAUCACCUCCUGAAAAUUAUAUCAGUUAAGAUUUGCAGAGGAUUUGAUUUGCAUAAGUAGUGCACCUCAUUUGCAUAACUCACAAAUUAUGCCAUGCAGAUGUGUGGGCUUUUCAUGCCUGUCUUUAAGGAGGACCCAAACCAGCCUUUCAAGAGACAUCUGGAUUUUUCUUCACCACCCACCAAAGCUCAGAAUGCCAGGAAUGUACUGCCUGGCAUUUGAGAUACAAUCUGAAGCGGCAUGGAGGGGCGACAAACUAGUGGAGCAGGGGAGAGUUGAGGCUGGCUCGGUGCUGCCUCUUGGGACACAUGCCCAGCCACACCUCCCACCUUCCAAAUGCAGGGCGGCCAUCAAAAGAUGCAUUGUGCAUUGAGAGGCUUUUUCUCCAAUGAUUUAACAAGAGUACUUUUGAUGUGGUGGAUUGCAUUGGUCUUGUCCCGGGUCUGCUAGGAAGGAUAAACUGCUGGCCUUGGGGCUGCAUGGGCUGGUGGACACAUGGGCUGCUGCUUUGGUGCCCCUUUCCAGAGGAAAUUUUCACUGUGGUCCACAGGUGAGUUGCUCACAGCCUCCUUCUGUAUUUGCCCUUUAGCCUUCUGUGGUAUAACUCUGCAGGAGCCGUCAAUCAGCACAGCAGAAUAAGAUCGAACAGGGUCUGUCAACCUAGCAACCGCUGCUUUGCUCUCGGCACUAUCACCAGUGGUUGAGGGGGUAGAAGCACCCUAUAAACAGGAUGGUGUAUCUAGGCUGCAAGCCUAAUCAAAAUUACCUGGGAGUAAACCCUCAGUGAGUUCAAGAGGAUUUACUUUUGAGCAGGCAUGAUUAGAAUUGUGUUGUUAAUUCAGUUUAUGUCUGCAGUACUGGAUUCUUACAGCUUCCGUCAUGGAAAAUAUGUUGCAUGCUCCAAUUCCAUCUUUCCUACUUCCAGCCAUCAACAGAUCAUAAUCUAGUUUGCAGAUAACUACUGCAUUCUAAUAUCUAUCUAUCUAUCAUUUAUCUCUCUAUCUGAUUUAAUUCCUUUUAUGGCCAACAACUCACAAGCAGAAGAAUCUAGUUUUGUUGUAUUGUGAGAAGAAAUGGUGGUCGAGGAUGAUGCAUGAGAGGUAUUUUUGGGUUUCCCUGUCUCUCUCUCUACAGCAGGCACACUUCUGUAAACCUCUUAAUAUGCUCCUCCCUUGCUUUAGCCCACAUUUUGUCCAAAUGAAAAAAUGCCAACUUCCUGAUCUUUUCUCCAUGAAGAUGAUGUUCUUCUGGUUGUUUUCAUUAACCAUUGGCUGCAUCUUUCCUACAGCUCUACUCUGCAAUAUCCUUAUUUAUAUGGGAUGAACAAACCACAUACAGUAUUCCAUUUGCAGUUACCCUGUAGGUUUAUACAAUGACAUUAUGAUAUGUGCCAUUUUAUUUACCUCUUCUACAUCAUUCCCAACACAGAUUUUCUUGUUUUCAUGGCUGUUAUCUAGGCUGUCAUGGUUGUGUCUUGAUGUGGGUAAACUUAUUUCCGUCCUCCACUUGACUAAGGGAGGUUCACAGUGAUAUACUGAAAAAUCCUUGGGCAGUGAUUUUUGGCCUAGCUUUAAUAAAAGCUGAAUAUGUGAGUAAGAUAAUUAACAGUCCUGAUUGGAGAACAAUAAAGAUACUGGCUUGUACCCAACACCGUGUGUGCAGAGUUCCACUUGUGCAACUGGACUUGCCCCUGCUCUCCCUCUGUGUCUUCAAAAUCUGCUCUUUGUGGAGGGGGGGGGAAGGGUUCCUCCAAUCCCCUGGAGCAGAUUUUGAGGGUGCAUGCAGGGCUGAAAGGGAGAGGAUGGGAAAAUGCUGUUGCUUAAGCAGAAAUCUGCUACACUGGUAGAACAGCACUGGAUAUGCCCCACCAUAUUUUUUUAAUCCCUAUGUAAUGUUUUCUGUAUUGGAUGGAGCAUGGUGUAUGAGUUAAUUAUUUUAAUUUGUGAUUUUGAAUGGAAUUCAGUUGCAGGUACAAUUCAGUGUGCCUUCUUCUGUCUUCUGUUUCCCCUUAAGCAACAGGGAAAGGUUUAGAUUAGAUUAUGGUUCAAAUUAAGACUGGUUCACAUGUCCACAUUCAUCACUCAGUGACUACAGUACUUGGAGCCACUUCUGACCCUGCCUUUAUUAUUAUUAUUAUUAUUAUUAUUAUUAUUAUUAUUAUUAUUUCAUUUAUACCCCAACUUUUCACUUGAUGAAACUCAAGACAGCUGUCAUAUAAAAAUGAGAACUGCUGAAAACAUAGGGGGAAAGCCAUUAAAAACAAUUAGAAAUAAAACUAUCUAUUAUCUCAAUUAAAACCAUACAAAUAAGUACAACAGAAGCAAGCAAGCUCGUGAGCUUUGGCUUUUUCUGAUGCCACUCAAUAGAGCAUCAGAUGCCUGGGUUCAUGUGGCAGGUAUCUAUGGCACAAGUGCAUAGAACCAACCCCUAGCCUUGGAUGUAAGGAAGAAGGCAGGCAGGCAGGCAGGCAGCAGCUGACUGAAGGCGGACUGAGGCUGGUGGGGCACAGUGCCCCAUUUGCCGUAAUGAACCAGCGCCCACUGAUGGAACUUCUGUGUCACCUCAAAAAUAUACUUUUUACGGUAGAGUCCACUCAUACAACCAGCUGCAAAUCAUCAAGCACAAGGGUUAUCAAGUGUAAAGUACCAGAGUGGCGCAGGAUUGUGUGAACCUGCCCUAAGGCUGAUGAUGUCAGUCUGAAGCAGUAGAAUCUACUCCCUCCAUCUUUCCUCCACAGUCACUGCCAGUUUUAAUUGGUAGUAUACUCAAGCAAUGAACAGAGAGCACAAUGCUCUGGGAUUCUCACAAGAAGCUGUCACAAAAUCUUGUUUUGAUUGCAGUGUGACUGACUCCUGAUAGUUGAUACUAACUGUGAAAGUAGUUUCGGUUCAUCUGUCUAAGCAGAAGUAGUUCUUCCUUUAAAAGACUGUUGGGACUAAAAUAAAUAGCUAAGAAAUUGUGGUUAAGAGAAAUUGCUUCAGCCAGCCCUAUUGCAAAUGUUGCACGAGAAAGGGAGAGGAAAGGUCCUAUCCAUUGUGACGGCAAAGGGUUAAUUUAUUUGCUGUCGUCAUCUUGGGUGCAUGGGAGUAAGACUCUUGGGGAGCUCUGCAAUCAGCAAUAUCUUUUUAUCCUGCAUCUCAUCUCAUCUCUGGCUGCAUGUGUUCCCCAGGUGAAGAGGCAUCCUCUUGUUCAUCUGAUCAACCUGUGUGCCUGGCCAGUUGGUCCAGUCUGCAACAGUACACAGCUGAACCCCCAGAAAGAUGGUUCAAAGAGGGGAAGAUGGCAUCAGGUACUGUUGAAACAACAACAACACUUUCUUCUUCCUUCCAGAAGUGUGUGUGUGUGUGUGUGUGUGUGUGUGUGUGUACUUCUGUAUUGCAGUGAAGCCUGGACUGCCUCAGCAGUACUUUCCUGUAAAAUGAGUCUGAAGGACUAGCUCAGAGGUGGCCUGGUUAUGUUUUGAGAAUGGCUAAGGCACAUGGGGACAUAUAUACUAGCACUAGAUGUGUUCUGUUUCAUGGCUAUGUCUAUGUAUGUAACUCUGGCCUGUGUUUAUUGAUGCCUGUUGUGUGUUAGAAUGAUGAGAAAUGCUAUGGCCCUGUGUUAAAUUGCAUUUUAGAGCCAUUUCAUAGUUUACAUGGAAAAUUUGUUUCACUCUGGCUAUACCAGCUUUACCCUAGCAUUUUCCAGAGUAAGCACAUCAAGUGUGAAAGGCAGAUCCACAUCCUUAAAUAUCUGUGGGUGUGUUCUGGGAGUCCUGAUUUGCCACAGCUUUCCAGUAUGUAUUCUCCUGCCUACAGCAGCAAAGCCUGGUUUGUUGUGGGAAAUGCUGGUGUUAUGUUGGUGAAACCCUGACAGAUGUGGUUUACACUCCUCACAUGAACUCUGUUGUAGACAUAGAGCAGUAUUCCAUCCAUUCUGCCUUUUUAAGCGAAGGGACCUAAUUCACUCAUCCUGUAUAAGGCCCUUCGGCACUUGCCAUUUACAGUUUCAUAGGAGCCAAUCCAGUUCUUUCAGAAAAGCUGGGUUUUGCAUUAGAAGAAAAAGCUUUAAUUAUGCUGUUCCAAAAUACUAGCUGAAUAAGGAAACUGCCAUGCGGCAGCAUAACAAAAAAUCCGAAAACCCCCCAGCAACUAUACCACUAUAAAGGAUAAGUGCAGAAAGGCCCUAAUACUUAUCCUUUGGAUUUUGUACUUCUUAGAACUUUGCAAUAUAAGUAAAGGUAAAGGGACCCCUGAUCAUUAGGUCCAGUCGUGACCGACUCUGGGGUUGCGGCGCUCAUCUCGCUUUAUUGGCCGAGGGAGCCGGCGUACAGGUUCCGGGUCAUGUGGCCAGCAUGACUAAGCCACUUCUGGCGAACCAGAGCAGCGCACGGAAACGCCGUUUACCUUCCCACCAGAGCGGUGCCUAUUUAUCUACUUGCACUUUGACAUGCUUUCAAACUGCUAGGUUGGCAGGAGCUGCGACUGAGCAACGGGAGCUCACCCCGUCGCGGGGAUUCGAACCGCCGAUCGGCAAGUCCUAGGCUCUGUGGUUUAACCCACAGCGCCACCCACGUCCCUUGCAAUAUAAACAUUGACUCAAAAAAGUACCAAAAUGCGUAAACAAACGAACACCAUAUUUUAAGGUAAAAUGCAUUUACCUUAAAAUACUGAGAUAAAAUAUUGUUUAAAUAGUGUUGUCAUAUAAAACAUGUACAGUGCUACCUCGCGUUAUGUACCGUCCCUCUUAUGAAUGCUGCGGGUUACGCGCUCCGCUAACCCAGAAAUUGAUGCCCCUUGUUGUGACCUUUGCCCCAGGAUGCGAGCGGAAAUAGCGCUCUGGCAGGGCAGCAGCAGCGGGAGGCACCAUUAGAGAAAGCGUGCCUCAUGUUACGAACAGACUUCCGGAACGGAUUACGCAUGUAACACAAGGUACCACUGUAUUUAAAUAUGAAUUAUUAUUAUUAUUAAAUCACAGAUUAUCGUGGAAAGGGGGCAGAAUCAACUUAUGAUUGAACAAAUGUGCAUAUUGACAUGGAAUGUCCUAGGCAGUUCAGUGUGGCUUGUCAUUUUAUCUUUGAUGCAUCCAGGCCUUUUUCUAGACGGUGGCAUGGGGAUGGCAGGUUAAGUAACUGAACUGGCACUGGUAGGAUGUAGCUUGCUAGCUAUAAUAAUUUACCGGUUUCACGCUCUGCCAUUGGGCCAUUUCAGUUGCUUGGGCAAAUCUCCCAUGCUGUUUUUACCCAGCUGUCAAAAGCAGACAUGAUGGCUCUGCUCUGAAACUCUCCAAAGCAAAGCAAAAAGCCUGCUAAAUGAGCAUCUACAGAGCUAUAUUUCCCCUGCUUGUAGCUGUAAUAUGGUUUACAGUUCCACAUAAAAUCAAUUCACAGUUUGUUUUAGAGACUAGCAAAGCUGACAAUGGAGCGGGACUGUUUAGUGAGCCUACGUAUAAAAACAUGCCAUUGUUUGCAGCCCAUAUUUCCUGGCACACAGAUCAAGUCCUGUCUAACCACUGACAAGACCCAGGUUUUAAACUCCUAUUAGGCUUCCGCAGCUUGGGAAGAGCUUGCUGGCUUUGGGUUUUUUUUAAAAAAAAAACACAUGAGCCUCCAGCAUCAUUAACUUAAUUGCUGCCUAAAUUUCCUGAUUCUAGGAGUUUUAUGACUAUGUGUAAUGAUGUGUGGAGUUGAAUGAGCCUGGCUAGAUUUUUCAGAUUGCAGCAGUUAUAGGAAAUCUCCAUUUCCCCCAGAAAAUUGAUGAGCAAACACUUAUGCAAAUCAACUCUCUUCCUCCAAGGAGUAACUAGGCGGCUCUUUCCCCCACAGGGUUGGUUUCUACAAAAUCCCAGUUGCUGCUCAAAGCAAGAACAGGAAUCCAUGGAGGUUCAGGGAGGCUACUGAGAUAGUGAUCUGCUGUUAUAGAAACAUUUCUGUGGUGCUUGUAGUUAUAAGCAAAGAUCGCAGGAAUCAUUCUCUCGCUCUUGCAUUGGCAUCAUGCUUACUCUUCCAAAUGUGGCCUAUCUUUUCAUUUAUUGAAAACAUUUUAAUCCCCACCUCUGUUCUUUGCUCAAGGUGCCUUACAAGGAGCCUGUCGUAAAAGAUGAAAGAAAAACAAAAACAAGCAAGCAGCCAUUAAAACAAAUAAAAAUAGCAGCAGCAAACAUCACCACUCUCUCUUAGCAGUUCCACAUGGGGCCAUCUUUUGUGCUCAUAGCCUAUCCAGCUUCCAAAAGAUUGCCUAAACCAGCCUCUGUCAUCCUGGUACCCUUUGGACUACAACUCCAAUCAACUCCAGCCAGCGCCGGGUUGAUGUUCGAACCCAUGACCUUGAGCAUGUGACUCUUAAUCUCAGGGUUGUGGGUUCAAACCCCACAUUGGGAAAAAGAUUCCUGCAUUUUAGGGGGUUGGAUUAGGUGAGCCUUGUGCUCCCUUUCAGCUGUACAAUUCUAUGAAUCAGGGUUUUUUAAUGGUCUCAAAACACAUAUUUAAUGGACUUUGUGGAACAGGCAGUACAUAAAUAAAUAAAUGUUAAAAAUAAUAAUUUAUGGUUGCAGUCCUGUACUCAAUGGAAGGACAUCCCAGGGAUAAUAGGACAGAGUGGAACUCCUCAGGCAGAGAAGGAAAUCUGCCCUGGGAAGCCUCACAGUUGCAGAUACAGAAACCAUCAGUGCUCCAUUAGUGGUAACGAAAAAAGUCCACUCAUUCUCCAACACACAGGAAGGGAGGAACUCUGGAGGCAGCUUUCAAAUACAUUGUGGGUUACAUGUGUGGCCUCUUAACAAGUUUUUAACUUUCCUUUUAACAGGUCCAAGUUCUUUCUUAAUUUCAAUAAUUCACAGCCCUCCAUCCACUCCAUCUCCAGAACAUUCAAGGUGGCCAUUCUUUGUGUGUGUGUGUGUGUGUGUGUGUGUGUGUGUUUUAAAGCCAGUUAAAAUAACACAUCGUUUAUCCCCCAGAGCAUUACAACAGUCCAAUCUAAGGGUGCAGCAUCCCAGCCCCUGCUAAGCGAUCACCAAUAUAUUCUGUUUUUAAAAAUAUUCUGUGGGAACUGUUUCCUCCCCACUCAGACCAGAUAGCCUGGCCCAUCAGUAGUAGUCCUUCCUUUCUGACAUCCAUCUGGAUGUACCAGAUCUGUGACUGUCAAAUUCAUGAGCAGAAAAGAUAUGUAAGUCAGGGCUGGAGCCUCUGAGUCCAGUAGCAACACACCUGGUAGGGUGGAGCUGAGGAGCCUGCGUCACUGUUACUUCUGUGAAAAGCACUGCGGGGUGGUGAGGUCAAGCCCACAAGGAUGCACUGGCAGGACCACUGCCACCAGUCUUGCAGUCCCAGCCUUGACACCACCCUGUUCAGGUAAGUGGCCAUAGCGAUGCUGUUUUGAGGGUGGCUCUGUGACUCUUCCCUACCACAUGGGCUGCUCCUGUUUGAGUCAGUGCCAGGAACAAAAGGAAAUGGUGGUGGUCCUUUGGUGAGAGAUUUCCCAUUCGGGGAAGACACUAGCAGAGGACAGGAAAUGUUUGGGUUGUGUGAAAUUUAGGUCCACCCUCCAACUGGAAAGGUCUUUGUAGGGAUAUUGCGGAGUGGGGAGUGGGGUCCGGAGGGAGCACACUUCCCCACCAGCAGGCAGCCACGGUCGGCCUGCACGCGUGACCUUGGGGUGCAGGGAAACCCCCCCCCCAGACAAGCCACAGCUGUCUGUACAUCGUUCCACCCAUGUCUGAGCUUUUGUGGUCUCAGAGUCAGCGGUGUCCUGUCUGUAAGUUUUUCCCUGAGACCUUUUGUCUCCUACGUCAUACACUGUGCAAGGGGAAAAUGACGCUGUGGAACAGGUGCCAAAAUAGCUUUGUACCACACCACGAUUUCGGGACAGAAGAUGUGUAAAGGUCACAGCCCAAAAAGUAUUUGCCUGGCUUGCAUAUUUGUCUCAAUAAAAGGAGGCUCCACAGGAAUGGUGGUAGCUCGCUCGCUCGCUACAGCCCACCUGUGCGCAGCUCCCAUUAUGAUCAAACCCUGUCUUGGGCCUUCACUUCAGUCUUAAGUAGCAAGGCUUGGGAAGACUUCUGUUUGGGACUGCAGAAAAACUGCUGCCACUCAUACUGAAGUCCCUGGGGUAUUAUAUAUUGCUAUAUCCCCUUUCACGAUGCCUGUAGUUUACCAGAUGUGGUCACAUGAGCCCAAUGGUGCACUUGAGGACUUCCCUUCAUGCCCAACAAGCCUCCCCUCUUGUCAUGAGGUGGUGACAGUGGUUACUUGAAAAGUUCCCAGCUCUGAAGGAGGAAGUUGGGAGAGUAAAAAGGAGGGCAUCACUUUUCAUGACUCAAAUCGCUCCUGAUCAGAAAGCAGAGGAACUGAGAGGGUAGGAGGGAAGGGAGAGAGAUCUGGGAGGUGGAGGAAGAAAAUGGAACGGCCAAGUAGGAGAAAGGGGUCAGGUGGGGUGGGGGAAGGGAGAAGAUAUACACUUUCCUUUUGGAAUUGCACAUUUUUUCCACAGUCUUCCCCCUCCCCAUCAAAUCACAGAUCAUAUCUACCUCCAUUGACUGAAGUGUAAGAAUCUGGUGCUUUCUUGUUCUGCUGUGGUGCAAAAUCAUGGAUCUGAGGCACAAGUAUCCCUUCAAAACUACCAUUGACUAGAAGUUUACCUCUGGGCACACAGAUGUUUUCUGCAGUUUGCUGGUGGUUUUGUUGUCAUUCUGUGCUAAAGUCAUGAAACUCAAUAGGAAUCCAUGCCUUGGGUAAAUGGCAAGCAACAGAUGUAUGAUUUAUUUUUAUCAUGUACAGUGAUGGAGUACUUUAAUUUGAUGUGUCUUUUUAGUGAUCUCAUGUAAAAUAAUGCAGAUUCAAUGAUAUGUUUUAAUUCUACUGGAUCUGACUUUUACCCUGCUCUCCUGGAAAAACAAAGUGUGUGUGUGUGUGUGUGUGUGUGUGUGUGUGUGUAUACACUUGAGCUUGUUUCCUGUCUGUCUGUCUGUCACGGUGGGUGGUGAUGUGGCCCCGGGGAGAGAAUCAGCCACAGGGGAAGGUACCCACAACACUCUUUCAACAUUCCAAAUAUGCCCACAAGCCCAGAAAGGUUGGUGGCCUCCUGUAUUAUGCCCUUGCUUUCCCUCUUCUAAAAAAGUUGACAGUGGUCCUUCUGCCUACAUGGUGACUUGUCAGGUAACCCCAGGGAACUGGAUCCAGGAAGUCAGUCUGCACAAAUAGGAGAGGGCACUCUGGAAACUGAGUCCGUGUCACUGGCUGUAGGGGAAGGGUUCCCAAAUGGUAAGUGUUUGUCUAAUUGCUGCCUUUUGUUUUUAACACCUGUAACUAAUGAGCCAGCCCUCGAGAUCAUUUCUCUGGAGGAGAUAAUGGCGUAGUUUGCAUUGCAUGACUUAUUAGCAAUGCAGAAGAUUAAGAAGGAAAGGGAACAGAGUUUAUAGCAGGCCAGUGUCUGUAAUUCCAGGUGUCAAUGCAGAAGACAGUAUGAAUGGGACAGUGAUGCUCUAUUGUCUGCCCUGUACCACCCAACAUCUUUCCAGGGGCUAACAGCAUCCAUAGAUGGUGCAUAAUUCCAUUUAGGUUUAAAGGGACACAUUUCACUUACUGUAAUUAUAACAAAAACAACACAAAGGUUCCACUCUCAGACAUAUCCUCAGAUAACCACCAAUUCCCAUGUGAUAACUUAUUAUGAAUUGGGUGUAAAUUAUUAUUUUUUGCAACAACAUCUAAAUGAAUAUUCAUUGAAAAUGCUGCAUGAAUCCUGAUGUGGGGUAUUUAUGAAUGGGGAAGGUGAGCCAGAAGCUGCCAGGCACUCUUUUGGAAUUCAGGAUUUCAGUGAGGGUAAAACCACUUACUUUAGUUGCUGGCACUUUAACUGGUGGCGGUUUUUGUAGAAAGAUGGAGUAACAAAGAAGUCUGGCUGGUCUCAACAAGACGGAUAGUGAUUCUCUUGGGGAACAUAGCCAAGGUGACCCUUUGCCAUUCAGAGUAUGUUAGACUGGACCUGGCAAACAUGUUGUUGCUGUGAGUUGAGUUGACUUGCCUGUCCUACAACCCAGGAAGCAUUUCAAGAAACAGCAUCUUCCACAAGUGAAUUAAACUGAAUGCUUUAGUUCCAGUGAGUUCCAGUGAAAGAUCGGGAGGAACAGUGCAAUGUAAGCCCUGCCAGAUCACCUCUCCUGACCUAUCCUGAAGCCACAUUGGCUGUUCCAGUGCUGAGCAUCUCAGUUGACUCCUGUUUUUCCCCCUGAAGACACCUGCUAUUUGAGAUGGGGAGCUUGUCUCCAAAAGCUGUAAACCCACCAGUCUAAUCUGUGGAAUCUAACAAGGUGUGAUGGGGAUUUUGAUUACAUAUCUAUAGAUGAUUGAUCGAAACAUUCAAUCCCCCUUGAUGCUCACUAAUGCUCACAAUUAGGCUAAAGUAGAGCUGGUCCAUGCAGAAUGCUGGACAAAGGUAUUUAGUGUUUUAUCUUCUUUAAUUGCCUAUCUCUCUUUCUCUCUCUUUUUAAUUUUAAAGAGAUUGCCCUCUCAUUUUCUGUCAAGAGUCGUUCGGGACAGGGUCCCAUUCCCCAGCUGCAGGAGACAGCCAGAAAGAAGCUGUGGGCCUUAGAAAAUGACGACAAAGAUGUCUGUGCUCUUUUCAAGGUAAAGUUGUUGCCGUUACUUCUUAAGCACCCCAUGGGUAGCAAAUUAGGAAUCUGUCCUAUGUCAAGUCAGGCCAUUGUGCCAUCUUGCUCAGUAUUGUCUACUCUGAUAUCAGCAGCUUUCCCAUGAUCUCAAACUGAAGGGUCCUUCCCAUGUCUGGUGUUUGAGAUCUUUUAAAUUGAAAAUACCAAGGAUUUUCACCUAGAAUCUUCUGUGAGCAAAACAUCUGCUCUAGUACUGAGCUAUGCUUUUGUUUAUGCCUGCAUAAAGCAGUCAGAGGUGAAUUGCCAGCUUUUAUUAUCCCUGCCACGCCUGUCACUGUAACUAGGUGACAAUGUGACGGCAUUGAGUGUUGCCAUCACGCUGUCAACAAAGCUCUUGGAUCUGUAGUUGCAAAAAGAACAAUCAGUCCCCCGCCUGGGCAACAUAUAGCUCAGUAUGGUUAGAAUGAUCCUAUAAAAGGAAAAGGUUUGGAGCCCACAGAUUCCCUUUAUCCCUUCAAUCCCACUCAUAGUCAUAUUCAUAAUUAUUUUCGUAUUCACAUCUGUGUAACUAUCCCUGCUCCAAAGUGACUGGACACUUCACGUUUUUAUAACUACAAAACUUGCCACUCAAAUAAGGUUGACAAAUGUACCCAAGAAAUGUUGUAUGUUUUUUUAUCAUUCAUUCAUGGAUUUUUUUAAUGCUUAUUUCUUUCCUUCUUUUAUUCCUCCUUUUUUGGUUUCUUCUUGUUGUUGUUCUUGUUGAUAACUAUAAUAAUACAAUAUCUCAAUCAGAAAUAUUUCAUUUUGCUGUUUAUUUUCCAAAUUGAGAUUAUAUAAAUGCCACACAUUUUCAAAUUAUUAAAAUUGAAUGAAAAGUUAUUUAAAACUCAGAAAGCUUUUUUUAAAUUAAAAAAUCCCCACCAUUUUUUAAAUUCCCCACCAUUUUUAAAUUCCUCUGCACAUUAUUUGCAAUACCAUCUUUAUUCAAAAGAGCUCAGGGCAGUAAACACCCAAUUUCUGCUUUAAAACCUUCAAGGAAGGAGAGUCCACAACCUCCCGAGGGAGACCGUUCCACUGUCAAACAGUUCUUACUGUCACAAAGUUAUUUGUGACAUUUAGUUGGAAUCUCCUUUCUUGUAACUUGAAGCCAUUGGUUUGAGUCCUAUCCUCCAGAGCAGGAGAAAACAAGUUUGCUCUAUCUUACAUGUGACAGCCCUUGAUAUAUUUGAAGUUGGUGAUCAUAUCUCCUCUCAGUCACCUCUUCUCCAGGCUAAACAUGCCCAGCUCCCUAAACCGUUCCUCAUAGGCUUGGUUUCCAGACCCUUGAUCAUCUUGGUUGCCCUCCUCUGUACAUGUUCCAGCUUGUCAAGGUCCUUCUUGAAUUGUGGUGCCCAGAACUGGACACAGUAUUCCAGGUGACACUAUACUUCUGCUGAUGCAGCCUAGAAUAGCAUCAACUUCUUUUUACUGCUUCAUCACACUGUUGGCUCAUGUCAAUAGCUAAUCUUCCUCUAUGUAGGGCAGGGUUGUAUUGUCUUUCUGUAGUCAUGACCCUUAAUCUACAAUCCAAAUUUCAAAUGCCAUUGUUGGAAGAAGAAGAAGAAGAAGAAGAAGAAGAAGAAGAAGAAACACAGAAUAUAGCACAUGUUCAUUCACAACAAAAUUCCCAUGGUCUUUCCUGCUUUCCUUUUUUGCAGGAGCUGUCAGCCCGGCUGGUUUGUAUCCAGGCACAGGACAGUCGCUUUCUACUCUCUUUCAGGACCAUUGAAGAAAUCUGGAAGUUUUCAACAUACUUAGCACUCGGUAGAUCACAUGGAACUGAGGGGAGACUGGCUUUCCACCAGGAGAGCUUGAGGGUGGGAUGUGGGGAUCAUUAUAUAAGUUGCUGUGGGCAGGACUAGACUCUUAAGAUAUGAGAGAAAGAAAGCUUCUGCCUCUGUGUCUCUUUUCAGUAUUUAUAUUGAAAAAGGUCCAGUUUCACACACUGCUCUCCCUUUCCAACAAGGCAAGGCUGGGGUGGAAUAAAAUCCACUCUGAUGAUACCAUGGCUCAUAGUGUCAAAUGAGACACUAUAAGGAAGAGAGAAAGAGAAAGAAACAAGGCUGAAGUGGUUUCAUCUCCAUAUAUAAGAGGCAGUUUCAACCCUAGAAAGGUUGUAAAAGAUCCAUGCAUAGCGAAGAGCUGGAAGGGAGGAUCAGACAAGGGCACAUGGGUCAAAAUUAUGAUGUUGUAAGCAUAGGAAAGUGAAAUUAAUUUGUUGAUUAGCUAAUUGAUUGGUUAUCAAACAAGAGAGAAGGGGGUGGCAGUGAGAAAAGGAUGCACACACUUCAUUUGCCUGUGGCCCCAGACACUACUGGGUUUGGCCCUCCCCACCCCAACAGGCAGCCUUUGACAAAUUAUCCCUAAUGGAGUGUGGCCCUUGACAGAAAAACAUUCCCUUCUUCUACGUUAUAGGAUUUUUAAAAAAAGCUUAUUGUGCUUUAAAGUUUUUGUUUUGUGGUUUUAUUAUUGGCUUAUUUGAUUUUUAACUACUUCUGAAACUUCCUGCUGAGGGACGGCUUGUGUAAGUUUGAGAAAUAAAUAGAACGUUUUCAGUUUGGCCCUGAGGCUGUGUGGCGUGGGCCUGAAGAAUGACCGACAUUCUGUGUCAAAUGUUCUACCUGAGAAAACCACUGCUGCAUGUUUGCUCUUGGAAGCCACAUGAUACGUUUGCAUUCUUCCUUUUUUAUUGUGGAUCAGGCUAUGUGGGCUGCUGUUUGGAGCAUCUUCUCUUCACCCCUGAGUACUGGCUGAACUGUGCUCUGGUGGAGGACACCGAGAUAACUGUUGCUCUAGACGAGGAUCACAUGGCCACCAUGUACUUAGGUCUUCUGCUUCAGGAAGGUGAGAAAUAUGGAGCCAGUCUUACAGCUCCUCUCCAAUUAUCCCUUUAGGAGUAUGUUUUGGAUCCAUAAUACUGCAUAUCCAUAAGGUGGGCCCUUAAGUGGGUUGCUCUGGACUCCUAUUGGCAGGAGAGAGAAGGCCAGAGUGGGACCAUGCAGGUGUGCAGUAGGUAGAUUUUGGAAAAGGGUCCUACCUGCCUCAAACCCCAAAAUCUGGUUCUGGUGAGAGGAAUAGUCCCCAGCAAAAGUGUACAAUAGACAGGUACUAUUUACUUAGAUCCUAUAAUGUAAAGUUCUCUGGGUGGCUUACAGUAAAUAAUACAUGAGAUAAUAUAUAAAACCAUAAUAUUACAGAAAAAGUAAAAUUUAAAAAGCUACCAAAAAAUUGCCUACUCCCCAAUUAAAACACAGAUAUACAAACUGAGAAAGACCCAGAUUAUCUAAAUUAUUUAAAAUGUUGUAGUGACCAGGAAGGCUUUACCUAUCUCCGAAAACACCACGAAGAUGAGGACAAGCUUUUCCAUAUGUAACAGGGGCACCAACCCUGACCAAAGACUAUCAGAAAGGAAGUUCACUGUGAGCAAAUCACUUCAUUUAGUCAACACGAGGAGCCCAAAAUCGUUCUGCACAAAAUUCUUUUUGACGCAAACAUGAGGUCAGGGAGCAACUGGAUCCUGAGAUAAUGCACUGAACAAUUUUCUGCCUCAGAGCCCACAUCCCAACCUCCAAAUGGUUGCUUCAGAGAGGAGAUUUCAGAAUAAGGCAUGGUUCUGAACUGCUGGGCACCCUCUUGCCCUCAUAAGUGGUCAUUGCAGGAGAGGGAUUUUCCCACAGAAUUUUCACUGGUAUCAUGCUUGUUAUUUUUGUUACCCACCUUUCUCUAAGGUGGGUAAGACCCAAGGCAAGUUACAAAUCAGUACAACGAAAACAAAACCAGUAAAACACAAAUGCAGCUAUGUAGCCAAUGCCCAUAAAGCACUACAGUUUGAAAUAGCUUUAAACUUGGACUUCCAAAAGAGAAAAGUCCUCACGAUUUUGUGCAAGGGAAUAGAGAGAUUGGACCAAACAAGGUCUCUGAGGUGGGAAUUCCACAAUUGUGACACCAUGACAGAAAAAGCCUGGCUUGCUGUGGUUUCCAAGCUGAAGUUUGAAGGUAGUAACACAUGGAGCAGGGCUUCCAAGCUGUUUAUAGGACACUAAUCCUGACCGUUAUCAAUUCUUCUUUCAUCUGCAGGAAACUUCUUUGCCAGGGUCGUGGUUGGUGUCCUGACAGAUGAAGAAGGGGAGGAUUUGAAGCUCUCAAAAAAUGAGCUUGUCCAUGUGAAAGACAUUGGGCAUGACACCAAAUGGGAAGGGACAUCUCUGUUGAAUGACCAAAGGGGCCUGGUCCCUGUCACAGCCAUGGAACCAUUGCCCCAUCCUUUUUACCAGUAAGUAGAGUGGCUGUGGCAAUCUAUACACAGGGCCGACAUUGUGAGUCAUUGUGGCCGUAACCUGGGUUCACUCAGAGUAAAACGCUCAGAAUGAAAACAUUCUUAUCUCUGAGGGUAAAAUGGGCUGCUAUUAAUAUACCUGCCCUCUGUAAAUACAUCCUGAGAUCAGUUUUAUUGGCAAUUAUGUUAUGAAAGGUUAGUGUGCACCAUCUCCCACCCCCAAAUGUGAAGCAAAGAGUACAGUCGUACCUUGGAAGUCGAACAGAAUCCGUUCCAGAAGUCCAUUCGACUUCCAAAAUGUUCGGAAACCAAAGUGUGGCUUCUGAUUGGCUGCAGGAAGCUCCUGCAGCCAACCAGAAGCCGUGGAAUCCCCGUUGGACGUUUGGGUUCCAAAGAACGUUCCCAAACCGGAACACUCACUUCUGAGUUUGCGGCAUUCAGGAGCCAAAAUGUCCGAAUACCAAGGCAUUCGGGAUCCAAGGUACGACUGUACUCUGAAAGAAAUAGAGUGUUCAUUCACAGCUCUUCAUAUCCAUAGGUGGUUCCUGAAGAACUAUCCAAUGAGCUGUGGUAUCUCCAAACAAAUCAGCGGACCUGGCUCUUUGCAGAUUGGUGAGGACAAUCUCAUUGGGGGUAAAUUGUAGAUAACUGACUUAAGACUGAUCCAUUGUGUACUUCUCUCUUUAUUUGAAGUGGGGGUGGGAUUGCAGGAUUUUUAGAAUGUCUUAGAUUUGAACAGUACAUAGUAUGCAUUUUUUAAUCAUUUGUUUAAAUUAGAAGCGGAAACACCAGCUAAAUUAGCUUCAUUUGCCCUCAGUGACAUCAAAUCUAAUUGGCUAGAAUAGUGUCAUGACAUCAUUACAUUUACUAUGUGAUGUACCUAAUUGACUGAAACCACACUAUGAAAAAGGAAGCACCUAACAGGUUGGGGUACUGCCAAAGCAACAGAUGAGGGGGCGGUGAUGGCAAAUUGACACAAAAAAUGCGAACAUUCGCAAUAGUAGUGAUUAUCCCCUACCUUCACUCCAAAUGCUUUCACGCUGAAAGCUGAAAUAGGCAAACAUUUUACCCAAGCUUCUUUCUUUCUUCUGUCUUCAUUUUAAGGGGGGCUGUAUUAAGAAGAAUAAGCUGUGGUUUCAGGUGAAACCCAAGUGACAGGACAAAACACAAAUGUUAUGGGACACAAAGGGACCUUGUUUCCACAUUCAACCCAUAAGCAUGCCCUUCUCUGCCACUGGUCACUGUUUGUAAGACAGAAUGGUUCAAUUGUUCAGCCUGCUGAAGUGAGGGACAUUUUUGUUUUAUUUCUUAGGCCAAGGGAGGUGCACAACUACAGAAGAUCACAGAGGGAAAGGAUGGGACGAGCUGAGCUUCUGCAAAGGGGACACCAUAGAGGUCACUGGCUUUCUCAUUCCAGGCCUCCAGUGGUUUAUAGGGAAAUCCACAACCAGCGGUGCAGUAGGCUUUGUCCAAACCAGAUGUGUGCUUCCUGAGACUUGUGAGCCAAUGUAAGUGUGAGAUACCCACAGAGGGAGGAAAACACACUUGUGGCCUGGGAUAAAGACACAAUUGGUGUUUAUUGCAUAAAUGCUGAAAUCAAGUUUGGGAUCUUUUUCUGUGUAGGGUGAGGUGUGAGGGGACUGUGGAUAGGAGACAGGAAAAAUGUUGUUGCUCAAGAUUCCUUUUUUUUUUUCUGGCUUAAGAAAACAUCUCAAGGCAUGUGAUCAAAAUCAUAACAGAAAUUAUUUGUGAGUUGAAUAUGAGUUUGUUAAAUGGAGAUGUUUAAAGAUAUGCCUUGCCUCAGGCACAAAGCAACUCAAGCAGUACAGUUCUAUGGGUGAUCACUACCUGGUGGGAAGUUAAUCUCGGAACAAAUCAAGGGGCCUUGUCAACACACAGAGGAAGUACAAAGAUAAGAGUAUCUGUUUACUUUUGCUUGACAGUUCACAUUUUCAAAUAUUUUGGAGUUCUUGCGUCCUGUUUCUCCACAAAGUGACUUGAAGAACCCGGUGUUCAUUUUCUUUACUUUUGGAAAUUAUUUGUAAUUAUUUCUCCCCCCACCAAAUGCUAAAUGGUCCCCUGCAGUAAUUGAUUUAAGCUUCAAGUGUUUGCUUGCAUCUGUGAGGACCAGAUCUUUUUAAAAAUGAGACUGGAGAUUUAAAAUAUAUAAUUUCAGGUGAUGAGAAAAUAGGCUUUUGAGACAAAAGCACCACAGCUUAUGCCUCUUUCAGGUUUCUGUGAGGCAUGUCAUUAAGAAAUGUUGGCACAACUUGUAUCUUAUCUCUUGCUCUGAAUUUCAGUUAACUGAUAACAUUCUUCAGUAUGUAGAAAUUGGCUUGAUAUGGCAGCAGUGAGGGAAGAGCAGGGGGGGGGCAGUUGCUCCAGUCCAGUAGCUCUGAUGUUCACAUGUGAGUUCUGAAGCUUACAGAAUAUUCCAAAUGAUGCCCGUUUCACUUUAACAUUGGGGAAAGCUCUCUGUGUGCAUUGUGCAUGGUGCUUGUCCUGACACAGAAAAGAAUGGGGGAGUUUCUGUUCAUGUGGAGGUGCAUCAUAGAACUCCAGCUCAUAGCUGAUGGGUUUAUUGUAGGAACAACCUUGUUUCAGAGCAAGUAGAUAAUUAUAUUCAGAUCCGUGGAUGAAUAUUCAGAAAAUACUUCGGUCACAUGUAAGAACAGCUAGAAAAGGAAUGUGUACAGUGGUGCCCCGCAAGACGAAUGCCUCGCAAGACGAAAAACUCGCUAGACGAAAGGGUUUUCCGUUUUUUGAGUCGUUCCGCAAGACGAAUUUCCCUAUGGGCUUGCUUCACAAGACGAAACGUCUUGCGAGUUCUUGCGAGUUUGUUUCCUUUUUCUUAAAGCCGCUAAGCCGUUAAUAGCCGCUAAGCCACUAAGCCGUUAAUAGCCGCUAAGCCGCUAAUAGCCGCUAAGCCGCUAAUAGCCGUGCUUCGCAAGACGAAAAAACCGCAAGACGAAGAGACUCGCAGAACGGAUUAAUUUCGUCUUGCGAGGCACCACUGUACAUGGUAGUCCUUCGUCUAUGCAGAAGUAAGUCCUGUAGAUUUCUGUGUGGCUUACUCUGAGGUAAGUGAGUAUAGGAUUGCAACUGUAGUUUAAGGAAAUCCUGGGUUUUUAAAGAGGGUUUGAUAAGGCUUUCAAAAGUGGUUAUGGUUUGGUGAAUAUUACACUAAUGUAUAGUAGUUGGUCUUGGUCCCAAAGAUAUUCUCAAGCAAUCAUCUGGUGUCAGGUGCAUUUUGGGUAAUAGAAGAGAAGCACAAAGUAGAGAAAGAUGGUAGCCUUUAAUUGCAGAACUACUGUGUGUGCAACUUGCAAGCUUAUGAGAAUAAAGAGUCACCAAUUGAAGGGACAGAGCAAAACAGACAGCUUACAUGACAGGGUGGGGAAGCUUAGUUGGUCAUUAGCACUACUUUAAAGUCAAUUCAAUCAAUUUCAGGUAGUUUAUCUUCUGGUCAGAGGACUAUAAAUGUUAAUACCUCUGGGACAUCUACUUUCAGUGAAGGCUUAACUAGCACAUGUGUGGCAGCAUGAGGCUGGAUUUCUAGUGGCAGGAUUUGUCCAGGUGCUCUGAUUAAGGUAUUGUAUCACUGCAAGUAAUGGGUUUGAAAACUAUGGUCCAAGCAAAAGUUAGAAUUAAAACAAACAAACAGGAUGCCUCUGAGCAUGUUCUGAGCCUAGGAAUUUGUUUUCCACGAUGAGAACUGAACUAAACAUCAUUCUCUUGCUUAGCUUUCUUCCUUUCAGGAGCCUAAUGUAGGUAGGAAACAGCAAUCUGUGGUUGCUGCUGCAGCUGAACCUUUGGGAACUGGAAACCCCUGCAAAUCUAGUGCAAAUUGCUGGAGUGAACUACCAGUAGAUUUCAACCUACCUUCUACUCACCCUCAGCCUAAAAGCUUGCAAAGUAGAUGUCAGGUGUGCUUCCUUAAGGAAGUCAUUCCAAAGCUGUGGUGCCCCUAUUGAAAAAAGCUGUCUCCUGACAGUUAUUGCAUAUAUCACAUACAAAUGUUAUUCAUGCAGGAAGUUAGAAGACAAAUGAAACGUAUAUCCUAACCAAUUCAGGUACAUUUGAGCUUUGUAUGUAUGCAUGUAGAGUUGUGUGUGAAAUUGUGGUGGCCACAAGAUGUCACUGUUAAUCUUCCUCAAGAUUUUCAGUUUGCGAUGCUCUGGAAAGAUUUUUCCUUGGAGUGAUACUUUCCUUCUACUGUAAGUGGAUGAUGAAUGCCAUAACUACAUAUCAUGCUUCAUAACAAUGCAAAGGGGGUUACUCUCAGGUAUAGGAUUGCAGCCUAUAACAUUGAAACUUGAGUCUGCAAUCCCACAAUGACCUCAGAAUAAUCCCCAUUGAACUCAUAAACCAAUACUCAGACUUACCUCUGAUUAACCAUGUCUAGGAUAAUACUUUACAUCUCCUUUCUUCAUCAAAAUAAGACUGCUGAUGGAAUAAUGUUUCAUUAGUUAUCUUAAUACAAUAAUUAACUAAUUUAAAAUAAAAUAAAUACUAUUUGUCAUAGUUUAGGUGCUGUUCUGCUGGCAGUAAUAGCAUUUAACAUUUUAGUUUUUUAAAAAAUCUGUUUUGGAAAAUCAUUGUAUUCCCCCCGCCCCGCCCAAAAAAAUUUAUUCAUUUUAUAACACAACUAAACAACACAAACAGAAAAAACAAACAAUACAAACAAAUUAUUGUUUUAGCCUUAUUUUUUCUAAACAUUGUUAGGUGGGCUUCCCCAAGUCCCGCCCCCAUCUGAUUUUCAUUUUACCUCAUCUUUAGCAAUUUACAUAUAUCACAAUUUUUAACCUUUUUUUUUAAUCACACUUACUUUUACCAUCAAAAUCUUCACAUUUUAUCACUUACAAAUAAUACUAUUUUAAAAUACACCAUCUUCUACUUCUAACUCUACAGCCUAUAUUCACUUCCAAAGCUAUUCUAAGAUUUAAAUAUUAACAUAUUUUUUCAGAUAUUCUUUAAACUUCUUCCAAUCUUCUUCCACUGUCUCUUCUCUCUGGUCUCGGAGUCUCCCAGUCAGUUUGGCAAGUUCCAUAUAGUCCAUCAUCUUCAUCUGCCAUUCUUCAAUAGUUGGUAAAUCUUGUUUCUUCCAAUUCUUUGCUAGUAAUAUUCUCACAGCUGUUGUGGCAUACAGAAAAAAAGUAACAUCCUUUUUGGGGAUUUCACCCCCCACUAUACCAAGUAAAAAGGCUUCUGGUUUCUUAAUAAAUGUGUUUUUCAACACUUUUUUCAGUUCAUUAUAAAUCCUUUCCCAGAAGUCUUUUACCUUGGGGCACAUCCACCACAUGUGGUAAAAGGUUCCUUCUUUUUCCUUACAUUUCCAGCAUUUAUUAUCAUGAGUAUGAUACAUUUUUGCUAACUUCACUGGUGUUAAGUACUAUCUGUACAUCAUUUUCAUCAAAUUUUCUCUUAAUACAUUACAUGCUCUAAAUUUAAUUCCUUUUUUCCACAAUUUCUCCCAAUCCAACAUCAUAAUAUUGUGCACCACAUCCCUAGCCCAUUCAGUCAUUACAGAUUUCACUUGUUCCUCUUUCGUAUGCCAUUCCAGCAAUAAAUUAUACAUCUUGGAUAGGUUUUUCGUUUUUGUAUCUAAUAAUUCCAUUUCCAGUUUGGAUUUUUCUGUUUGAAAACCAAUUUCCUUAUCCAUUUUAAACACUUCAUUUUUCUGGAUGUACUGGAACCAAUCAUCUAAUUUAUCUUUUAACUGGUUAUAAAAUUUUAAUCUAAAUUGGUCCCCUACUUCCAUCAAAAUAUCAUUAUACUUCAACCACUUGGUUUUCAUAUUCAACCUUUUAUAGGUCUUAGUUUCCAAUGGUGAUAUCCACCUGAGAGUUUUCCUUUCUAACAAAUCAUUAUAUCUUAUUCAAACAUUGUACAAAGAUUUUCUAAUUAUAUGAUUUUUAAAUCCUCUGUGAGCCUUUAUCUUCUAAUACAAUAAAUAUGCAUGCCAUCCAAAUACAUUAUCAGAACCUUCCAAAUCUAAAACAUCUGUAUCUUCCAGCAAAAACCAUUCUUUCAACCAGCAAAAGGCUGCUGCUUCAAAGUAAAUCCUUAAAUCUGGCAGGGAGAAACUCCCUGUCUCUUUCACAUCUGUUAAUAACUUGAACUUAAUUCUGGGUUUCCCCCCCUGCCAGAUAAAUUUAGACAAUACCUUUUGCCAUUCCUUAAAACAAUUCAACUUGUCAAUAAUAGGAAGUGGAAAAUCAUUGUAAGCAUACCAUGGUGGGUUCCUGUCAGGGGUGAACUUGCUUGCAGUGCUGAGUGAGAAUUUGAACCCUAGUUUCCCCAAGUCCCAAUUUAGCCAUGCUGUACAUAAUAUAGAACAUUUUUCUUCACUGUUUGCCUCACAACUUGUUUCCAGCAGGUUGGUGGGAAAAACCCAGUUAUCUUGCUAGAGAUUCCCCCCCCCCCCCCGAUAUUCAGAUCUGCUCUCUUAGCUUUGGGUAAAGUAGAUUUUCCUUGGAAUGCAGUGCCUUCACCACAUCUAAAACUUUGGUGCUCAGCUUCAGCUUUACUGCAAGGAAUAGUUAAGGAGUGGAAAUAUUACACAUUCCUUGGAAAUGACGCCAGUUUUUGUCUCUUAGCAGAGGCAAAGAGAGAGAUUAGGAUGGGGUGUAGCGCUGACUUGCUGUUACCCAUGUUUUAUCCCCAACACAGGCAAAAGAAUCCAGUAUUUUUUAGCGAAGAAGAAGUCGCUUCCAUUCUGCAGGUUCCAUCCAACGGCAAUGAGACGCAUUACAGUAAUCUUCUGGGUGAAUGGGCACAAACAGACAUCACUUCUGUGUACAGGCUUGGUGAGUAUCCACUCCUCCCUAAUACAGCCCUUUGUCUAAUAGCAAAAUGCUGUACUACCUGUCAUUCCCAACUUUUGCCAUUUCCCUCCAACUGUUCACUCCAUUCAUGUUUUGAAUCACCAUCAUCAAUUACUGUUGGAUAUUAGUGAGCCAUCAUAUUCUUAAAUAGCUGGUCAAACGAUAUAAAUGAAAGAGAUAGCACUACUUUUAUCAAAAUUUAAAACCAGAUUUUGUCGGCAUUUUCCUUUUGGAAAAUUAACUUUUCUAAUUCAGAAUGGACAACAAGCUCUCCUUUCACCCAAGGGGUCAUAGUGCUUCUGAGUGCCUCCUACGCCAGUCUUCUCCCCUUCGAGCACAUCUCCCAAGUUCAGGCUAAAUGUGUUGUGAGACAAAGACAGUGAAAGCCUUUGGUUUUAGUGCAGUAUUUGAGGUGCAGCCUUCUUGCUUCCCAUGAUCUCAUUCUGCAUAUUUCCCACCCUUUUUCUGGGUCCCACAGAUGGCUUUGAACCUGUGGCAAUGUACCCAAGAAUGCCAUCAGGUGAGUAUGGAUGAAGGGGAAAGUGGGUGCUGUUUUUCCUGAAAUGUAUCUUCGUGAGGGGAAGCAUUUCCUUGUGGCUUAUCUCUCUCUUUCAGAUGCAGUUGUUCAGGGACUUAAGGAUGGCUGGAUGUUUGAGAGCUGGGGGAAGCAGGCUAGCAAUAGCUUGCCCACUCCUAGUGGUUCUGAAAAGUCCAGUCCUGUUGGUGACUCUUCACCUUCUACCCUGGAACACUUACUUCUGCCAGAACCAGAUGAUCUUGAUGACCCCAAGUUCUUUAUUGACCUGAACGCUGGACACAUGGAGGACUCUGAUGUUUUUGACCCUAUAUUGACUUUCCUCAACCAAGAUGGCUAUGUGCCCCAUUUCCAAAGUCUCUAUGACCUCUCUUUUUCCUUCCUCAGUUCCACCUUCUAUGGCUUCUCCAGUGAGGAAGAGCUAGUCCUAUACCUAGAGACAUCCAGGAACUGGGCCAAGAGAGGUCACCUUGCUUGGGCUCACAUCCGGAUAUGCUUUCUCUUGGGCCGCCUCUGCACCAAGAAGGCCAAGUUCUCUCAGGCUCGAGUGUAUUUUGAGGAAGCCAUGAGUGCUAUUGACAGAGGUUUUGACGACCUGCCCCUGCUUGCCUCGCUGCACACGAACCUUGCUGCCAUUUACCUGAAGCAGAAGAUGAAGCAGAAGUUCUUGUCCGUGCUUGGGAAAGGGGUGGCCCUUCUGGCCUGCCUGCCUGGACACUGCUUCUGUUCUGAGAAUGAGCUUGAGGUCAUGAUGUACAUUCUGAGAGAAGCCAUUGCCAUGGGCAACAUUGCUUUGGAAGCUCGGGCCUGCCUUCUUGUGGUCAGGCUCUUCUUGCAGCUGGGCAAGUAUGACGAAGUCCUGCCUUUCUCCGAACGCUUGCAGUUCCUGUGCUCCAGUGUCUCUAGCCAGGACUCCAGUGCACCCUCUUUGGACCUGAUGCCUCUCCUGACCUACCUCUAUGAGAAGAAGUGCUUGCCGCAUGUUGCCUUGGCAUCUGCCAGGCUUUCCCCUCCCAGCCCUGUGAAAGGGGCACCAACACCCAUUUGGAGAGCUGGAUUCAUCCUUUCAAAUGCUUCUAAGCUCCUGGUGAUCCAAGACAGGAGAAGCAGAAGCAGCGUCCCCGCUUUGGCUUGCCUCUACCUGAGCUGUGCCUUGGCCUUCUCCCACGAAAACGGAGCUGUGCCCACGGAGAGAGCCCUUUGUGCAGUGUUAUCCAAAAUGUACCUCAAGCAUGGCAUGUUACAAGGAGCCGUUCAUUAUUCGAACAGGGCUGUUGCCCUUGGCAAAGUGAUGGGCGAGGAGGAAGCUUUUGAGUCCUCCCUUUCUUUGGGGUGGGUGUACGCUUUGAGCAGCCAGCCAGAAAAAGCAUCGGAGAUCAUGUUGCGCCUCCUGCGUUCUCUGCGACAGACAGACAGCAUCACGCAAGACGGGGUUGUCCACAACCUUCUGGCCAUUGCCCUUAAAGGAGAAGGGCAGGUGCAGAAGUCAGCAGAGAACUACCUGAGGGCCUUAAACAAAGCCCAGGAGACUGGCAACAGGCGGAACCAAGCCAUUGCCUUAUCCAACUUUGGGUGCCUGGCUGUCUCUUGCCAGGCAAGCCACCUAGCGGAAUGCUACUUUCUCCAGGCUGUUAGGUUGUAUUUUGAACUACAGGGUGGAGAUGAUGCACAGCUGGAGCUGGUGCAGAUUCUGCUGUGGUUGGCCCAGUGCCAGGUGGAGAUGCAUAAGACAGAUGAGAGCAAACUGUUUCAUGAACUCGCCUUGGCCAUUGCCUUGAACACAAGCAACAUUAUGAGUGAGUAGCUAGCCUAUUGGGACGUGGGUUGAGGGGGAAAAUGGAGGGUGUUAUUUGCUUUUUCCUUGACCUUAUUUUUGUUGGGAUGUUUAGGGAGGCAGGAGAGGAUAGAUUAUUUAAUGAUAUCCUUCCUAACUUGCACUAGCAAGUUCCAUAUCCUAGCAGAGUUCCAAACAUCCCCCUUUUAAAAUUACACAGUGGUUAGCUUGUUGCUGGAUCGUCUAAGCCUCACUACUUAAGAUUCCUGGUUUCCCUUUUUAUAUCCCUCCUAAAAGAAUAGACACGACCAUCUGAUUAAACUUAACAUAAAACUAGUUUACUUACAAUCAUCCAGUUCACAAUAAGAUCCCUGAAGGCAGACUUAAUUUACAGAACAACAUAUAACUAUGUGAACUAUCCCAUAAGGGAAAUAGUCUCAAGUGACUGCGACUCAGCAGUCACAUCUCCUAACUCUUAGGAAACCAAAAUGGAGAACAAGAAGAGCAGAACAUGGAGGCCGUGUGCUCCUCUGUCCAAGAACAGGCCACACCCACAUUAAGUCACAUGCAAAGGAAGUCUGUCCCAGCUCAGGAGGAACUGGCAAGUUUUCUCCUGAGUGAUACAAAGCAUUCCCCAGCAUGUGCAUUGUAGGAAUGUUGUAUUUGACUGCAAUACGUUUUUACACCCCACAAUUUUAAAUGUUGAAAUCUUGCGACCCAGGUCAACUUCAGGUCACGGAGUCCAUCUGCCAUUUCUAUCGCAAAGUGCAGCCCAACACUGGGGCCUGCAUCAUCUACCAUGAGCACCAACUCUUCCUAGCUCAGCAGCUCCAGGACAAAGAAAUGGAAGGGCAGCUUCUGCAGGUCCUCAGCCAGCUCUACCAGAGUCUGCAGACAACCAGGUGAGUCGGCACCAUGUACAACAUUUAAGAUGGAAAAAAUGAGGCAUUUCUAACCAUGUUUUUUAUUUCUGUGAUUUUGUUGUCAGACAACUUCAAUUAUUUUCACUUUUAUCAUUUUUAGUGCAAACUCAUUAAAUUUUAAAUAAGAAAUUUUAAAUGCCACUGUUGGGUACGGACCACAUGGCAUGAACUACACCAGCCGCAAAACACGGCACAGUGGGUCUUAAAGCAAACCAUACAUUUGUUUCAAAAAGUAUCCAUAUCCAUUGAGAAACAUAGUUUUUAAUGUUUUUAUAUUGCCCGGGGGGGGGGGUGUACACUGCUUUGAACAGUUUGAAAAAUAGUAUGAAAUACCCCAGGAAAAUAUUUUUGGCAUUUAGUGCAGGUGGUAAAUUAGGUGGUAAAUUAGCCCCAGGGCAUACUGAGAAUAAAUAUCGUUCACUUAAUUUUAAAUACAGCUAUCUGUCGUGUACCUGCAAGUUACCACUGCUUUGUUUGCAGUAUUGGCUAUGUUAUGAUUGCUUAGGAAUCUGAAUGCUACCCUUCCUAUGAAAGGUCAGAAUGAGCUCAGAGGGAAGGAAUAUACGAAGAGGAGUUUUGUACUGUAAGCCUCCUUGCUCAAGAUUACAGGUUACCCUGGAGGAAAAGGGAUGCACAAUGGAAAGAACUGUGUAGGAAUGCCUGCCCAUCAACUCCUUAUCUGCCACUUCUCUGACUACAUGCCGCCCUCCAUUUCAGAUAGAGAGACACUGGUGUCUACAGUACAGAAAGAAAACACUGGUGUCUACAGUACAGACACACUGAUAAAAGAAAAAAGAAAUUGUACCCACAUACUGUUACAGAGGAGCCCCCUCCAUGAGGAGGAGACUGUAUCCACUUCUGGCUUCCGGCUUUUCCAGUGAAAGAGAUAAAUAGUUGUUUAUAUAAGACAUGCUGCUGCUCUCUGCUUCAGUGAGGGAGGGAGAACAAUGUGGCCCUGUGUUGACACUGCCCUUCUGAAGGGGGAAUACUGGCAAUGUGACCUCAUGCUGAUGCUGCUCACCUGAAGACUGACAGGCCAUUGUGACAUCAUUCCAAUACUGCCUGUCUGAAAAGGAGAGAAACACUUCACAUAUGACCAACAGCUUUCAUGAAAAGAUGUCUUUUGCAUCCUAGAGCAGACAGGAUGUUCUUAAAUCUCACCCAUCUCCUGCCGCCACCUUAUUCAUCCAUCAUCUCAAACGCAAAUUUCACUGUUCCUCAGCCAUGUGGCACUGUCCCACCAGAGGGUUUUUUUAAAAAAAGAUUUGAGGUGACUGCUUCUGGCUGUCUGUGAUAGCGUCUUUCUGUGCCAGAGGUGGGGAAUCUGUGGCCUUCCAGAUGCUGUUGAACGCCAGCUCUCAUCAUCACCAGCCAGCAUGACCAGCGGUCAGGCAUGAUAGGAGUUGUAGUCCAGCAAGAUCUGGAGGAUUACAGGUUCCCAGAAGAAUGGUAGCAAAUAAUUUAUCUGAUGAACAGGAGUCACUGAAAAGUUAGUAGCCACAUAUGCGACAACAGCUGCAUGAAUGUUACUAGCCCAAGGAUGGAAGGAAGAAAAAAUCCUGGCUAGGGAAGAAUGGGCAAGCCAAACUGCUGGACUACACUGAAAUGGCAAAACGAAGGGGGAGACUCAGGAGUCAAGAGGAUAAGAACUUUGAAAAAGAACGGGAACAAUUUAUAAUUUAUUUAGGAGACCGUUGUAAGCAAAUUAAAACUUUAGCUGGACUCCAAGACUCACUUGCAAUGUAACGAUGGAUGAUUAGAAAAAAUGAAAUUUGGAGAAUGGACUUAUAUGCAGUUAUGAACAUUGUAAUAAGGAACCAUGUAGGGGAUGGGGGGCAGUCGAGAUUCAGAUAAUGUCAAGAGAUGAUUAUAUAAAUUGCUGGAUUGUAAACUUGUAUUGGUAAAAGCAAAUAAAAAAUAUUUUCCAAAAAAAAGAAAGAAAAGAGAAAUCAGUAGCCACUGAGAUGAAAAGACAUCAGUUGCAGUUAUUUUUCCUUAAAAAAACACUAAAAUCACAACUACAAACAGUUAUCUCUUGGAUGGCCUACUCUUUGCCAUGUUUGCUGUGUGAUAUUGAUCCCAUUACUAAUGUGCAAACAUCUCAUGUGCAAUCCAUUUACCACGAUUGGAGGGAACAGAUUUCAUAGGUGAUGUAAACACACUUUUAAUAUGUUGCCAGUUAUGAACCUCAGACUCAUUCUUGCCCAUAGAGAGGCUACUCUCUGUUGCACAGUGUGAACUGGACUUCAUUUUGUAGGGAAUAGGAAAGGCAUAGAUCCAUGGCAGGACACUCCUUGAUAACAGAACUACAGUGGAAGCCACUGUUUUCCUUACACCAAAUGCAGUAGAGGUCUUGGAACAGUAAGUGAUUAUGACAUGCCUGGCCCAUUCCACCUGCUUUAUAAGAGCUUCUCUGUUAAGUUUAGCACUAAAUGAAAGGGGACCAUCAUUCAGCUUGUGUCGGACUUAGGAAACAAUGAUGCAAGGAAAGCUUUGCAGGGCUGGUCAGAAAGGAUUGGUUUGUUUUGACUUGAUGCACAAGCUCCCACAUUUUCUUUGCAAUAAUGGAGCCUCCAUCAACCCCACAGAUAUGUGAAACGGGCCCUGGAUUACACCAAACAGAGUCUGAGAAUCUUCAUUGACCUGGAGGAAACGGUCAAAACAGCGCAGGCCUGGCUGCAGGCUGGGAGGCUUUACUAUCAAAUGCAAGAGGAUGAACUUGUGGAAAUGUAUUUGCAGGUAAAGUAAAAAUAAGAGGCCUGGUUGUGUCUAAUUAACGGCUCUGUGAUGUAAGAUUGCCAAGCUGAGGUUCCAAACACUAAUAAAUAGCAAACUGCUAUCUGCAGGAAAAUCAUUAUCUUUUGAUUUAAUGUACAAUGUCUGGCGCAUGGUGAUUGCUGAGUCAGAGUCAGUGUCUAAGAGAAGUAGUGUCAGCAGUGGCAAUAAAUUUCCCACCAGUUGAUGGACACUGAAUAGAUCUUGGCUGAGGGAGAGGCACAUGUCUUGUAUUUUGUACUGACAUGCAGGUUUAUAUGCUCAGAGCUUCACUUGGGUAUGACAUGUGCAAUGACUCACGGCACACUGAUAAAAGGUUUAUUUGUGCCCAAACUCUCAAAUUCCAUUACUGAAGAGCUCAUGAAGUGAACCCCCGUGAUUAUUUAAAAUUGAAGAAAUGUUAUUGAAGCAUAUGGAUUUAUUUGCGACAUUUGGAUGUUUUCCCCCUGGGGAGACUGGCAAUGAAUGCUAGAGGGGAAGAGGGAGUUAAAUAGAAGAGUGUUGUAGCAAUAGAUGCCACAGUACAGAAGGAAGGUGGAGAAAGAGGGGGAGCUAUGGAGUGAGGCAGGCGGACAUUGGCCCCUUGAUCAAUGGAAGUCUGCAAUAAUUUUGGAACUUUUAGUAUAUGUGAUAAUCACUUUUUUCUUCGUAAUCAUGAGUGCACUACAGUUUUGGAGAAGAAGACUUUAUGUUUGCAAUAGAAAUUCAGACUCUUCUGACUCUGUCCAUUCCAGUACAACCCCACUGAUUUGUAGGCAGUUGUGUAGGAAUAUUGAAUUGGUUUGCUCCUGGAUGUAAGUAGCAAAUGGCAUUCAUAUAGAGUGGUUUUCGAACGUAAUCUGUUCCGGAAGACCGUUUGAGUUCUGAAACAUUCAAAAACCGAAAACUCAGUACGGAAAACUCAAUACGGGAGCUGCGUGACAUGUUCGACUUCUGAAAAGUGUUCGAAAACCGAAGCAUUUACAAGGGUUUAUGGUGUUCGAAAACUGAAACGUUCGUCAACGGAGACGUUCAAAAAGCAAGGUACCACUGUAGUUACUAUACUGUGAGAAAACACGAACAUUGCAUAUAUGCUGCAAUGACGAAGGGCCGGGCAUAACAUUCAGUCAUAACUUUUAGCCAUACCUUACAUUCUUCUUGUAUGAUGAUACUGCCAUUGCUCUUACCCUGACCUGAUCCCUUUCCCAGGCAGCCAUACAGACGUCACUGAAAUCUGAAGAGCUGCAUUUGGCCAUGGAACUAUAUGAAGAGGCUGGUGAUGUCUUUUUCAAUGGGAUCCGGAACAGACAAAAGGCAGUGGACUAUUACAGGGUAUUAACCACACACACAAAAAUGGCACUUAUGUCUGUAUCUGUGAAGAUCUACUUAUCACGACUGCACUUGAGUAUUACUGACAUGGAUUGAGAUAGCCUAUGCUGAGGUAGAGGGAGGAAGUUUAAGGAGACAUGCUUUUUCACACACCUCAUGACUGUUCAUAGGUUUAUUGAACUAUAGUGCUUCUAUAGUUUGCGGACUCUUUAUGAGCAAGAAUAUAUUCCACAUGAGAAAUAAUGUAGUUGUGAAGUCAUAUGAGAAUGUCUCAGAGUUGUUGUUCUCUGGCUGUCUUCAUUAGGACUUGAAGUGGGGCUCUGUGGGCUUGGUUUGUCUCAUGGCCUUACGAAACAUUAUCAUUCUGUCUUGCUAUUCUCAGUGGGUGCUUACUUUAAAGCAGGAGAUUGUGUUUCAGCUGGGGAACAUAGGCAGAAAUAUUAUGCUGCAUCAAUGUAGCAUGUAGCAUGGCUAGAUACAAAGGAGUGAACUCCUUAGAUUAAAGGCCAUUUUUCACAGCAUUUUUGAAAGCCUGGAAUGUAUAAAAGACUGAUUAUUCCAACUGUACCCUUGAUUGCAUUAGUUUUUUAUCCUGAGAAUUUUUAUUUGAUUUUAAGAAAAGUUUGCACAUUGCAUCAUUCUUGUAGUAGCAGAAGGUUGAAUUGAACAGAGCUGACAUGUAGCUUAAAGGCAAGCCCUUAUUGCAGCUUACCCUGACCCUGGUGCCCUCCAGAUGUUUGGGACUGUAAUUCCCAUCAGCUCCAGCUGCAGAAGGCUGCCUUACAGUUUCUAGACAACAGCCAAUGGAACAAAGUUCCAGAGUUACAAAACACACACAUUGUGUAACAAUCUCUUUUUCUUCUGGGGGGUACAAGGGAUAGGGCAGAAUACAUUACUGUAUUUAUGCUAAUUAUCAUAUGAGAAGAAAAUGUCAAGGCCUGGGAUUUGCUGGGUUUAUUUUGACUCAUUAGAAAAUGAGAAUUUGAAGGAGAAACGGUCACAGAGAGACUUGGCGCCCCAAUUUCCUCCACAAUUUCCUCUACAAGACCUUGUAAUAAUAAUGAAUAUUGUUAAAAAAAUUUAAAUGUAUUCCAAGUUCUUCUCCUUUGAGGAUGUUGAAGUGGCUGAUAUUGGGUGGGUAGAGAUGAAUGGGGGGCAACUUAGAGGAGUAAUGUCUUGUUUGCUAUAUGCUAAAUUAUCAAUACGCUAUUAGUAAACACAAGGGGAAAUGCUAGAUGUACUGAAUGGUGGAAGGAGACCGGUAUAAUGGCAUAUCCCUUUUGUUUGGAGUGUCCUUCUCUCCAAAGGGCUAAUAUGCAGCUCGAAUGGUCGUGUGACAUGGUGGGAAGUUGUGAAGUGACGUGAAAACAUUGUGUCAUCCCCCCCCCCCCCAGGGAGGAGCUGUCCCUUUGGCUAGGAAGCUGAAGGUGCUGCAGACUGAGUUGAGAGUGUUCAACAAGCUGACGGAGCUGCAGCUCGGACUCCAGAAUUAUGAGAAGGCUUUGGAAUUUGCUACCUUGGCAACCAGGCUCAGUGUGGAUGUAGGUAGGAAAGGACUAAGGAUACAUAGCACAGUAAUGUCUAAGCUAUCUUGUGGAAGGCACCCAGGGAGAGGUGCAAUGGACCAGGAAUUAGAGAGACUGCUGUUCCCGGAAAAGCCACUAUUAUAAUACACAUUUUAAUAGCAACUCACUCUGCAGUGAAGAGCAGGCUAAAAAUAUUUUAAAUAAAUACAUUGCAAAACCAAGAUAGUAAAGGUAGAAAAAGAGCACAGAAUGUCACCAAAUGCCUAAGUAAGAGAUGUCUUCUGCUGUUGCUCUUGGAGAUAGAUACCUGUUUGGAAGCAAAGGAGGUGGGUCUGUAUUGAUUUUAAGAACUGAAGAAAGAAAAGAAGGAGUUUUAUCAUUCAUUGCUGGGGACCCUGUCACUGAGGAAGAGUUCCCAAAUAUGUUCAUCUUUCCCCAAAUGAAUUCUUCCCAUGUCUCAACUAGAAAUUAUCUAACCAAGACAAUGCACAUGGUCUCUGUGAGAACAGAGGGCUUGAGUAGAUGGGCUUUGGCCUGAUCCAGCAGGACUGUUACGUUCUUAUGUUAUGUUAACAUUAUUGGCUUUAUAUUAGUGUGGCUGCAGCCAGUAGUCUAGAAAUUCCUAACUGAAAUAAACUGAUACUUGUUCCAGUCCACCAUUUUAUGCCAAUUAUCCAUAAACUCAACCAGCUUUUUAAUCUGGGUUAGCUACCAUUGGCCACAAUACAGUGUGUAUUCAUUCUGAGGAAGAGUGUGUAGAUCUCCCUAAAUCUGUCAAUGUAUAAAUCUGUUUUGCUCCUCCUAUCUUUUGAUUUUCAGUAGAAAUUUUCUGCAAUUACUUUUAGAAAUAGUGUGUCCAAUUUCAGAUUUAUAGUCUGUUCUGUAGUUAUAUUAAAGUGCAAGAGUUGCCGUUCAGUCCAUCCCUUCUUUGCUGUGAAUUUCCCCCCUCUUUCCAUGGAAGUAAUCGAUGCUUCUAAUCUUGUGUAAUGAAAAACUGCAUUUAAAAAAAUGCAUAAUGAAUAAAAAAAAAUCAUACAACAGAGACAAUAAUAACAUGUAUAUUUAUUUUGUUUUAAUUGAUGGGAAACCUACCUGUCAAGAGUUUGACAUGAAUUUAUGCUAUCAAAUUGACAGUGACACAGAUUUUUUUUUUAGGACAUAGGGAUUGGAAUAUGCAUUGAAAAGCCAGGGGAAAUGGCAUCACGCAGUAGCAGCAGCACUGCAACCAAAACAAAUUAAUUCAGAGGAACUGCUCAUUGUUUUGCUCUUGUUUUUUUUUGGGGGGGGGGACAGAAAUUCAGAAAGAAGGAAAUUGAGAAGCAUCCUCAAUUCAUACAUCACCGAGAGUCACCAAACAUGUACUCAUUUGUAUAUUAGUAGGAUGUAUCAUUAAUCUUAUUUCAUUUUAAUUUUAAUUUUAAUUUUAAUUUAAGGAGAUCAGUUGCAAGAAGUGGUUGCCUUUCACCGCCUGGCGACAGUGUACUAUUGUCUGCAAAUGUAUGAAAUGGCUGAGGACUGCUACUUGAGGACACUCUCUCUACGCUCACCAUUGUUGCAAGGUGCUCAGGAAGCUAUGUAUUAUUCCAAGGUUUACUGUCGCCUGGGAGAUUUGACCCUGCACAAACUAAAGGUGAGUGACAGCAAUCUGUGACACAUCCUGUGAUGAAUCUCACUAAACAUGUGGCAAGGCCACAUGCUAAGUUUCGUCUGACCUUGCGCUUAAAUGAAGUCUUUCACUAUCCCAUUAAAAAUCUAAGAGCCUGCAGUCAUCAGUUGCCAUGAAUUGUUCCAGAAAAUGCCACCCAUUUGUGGUGAUGUACGUGCUCUGUUGUGCUGGCUUCUGCCUUGCUGCAGUUCCAGAACCUGUUCAGUCUUCCCUGGACCUCCAAAUCCUCUGACUUCAGUUUGACACACAGGUCUUGAACCUUAAUUUUGCUUUUCAAUAGCCCUGCUACUUCCCUUCGACACUAAUUUUUCUCUCUGGCAAUCUAGACCACCCCACCUCAUUCUCUGUGGCUAGGUAUGAAACAUAGUUGUUGUUGUUGUUAAAAUUUGUAUACCACCCUUCUGAAGAUCACAGGGUGAUUCACAACAUAAAAACAAAAAAUGAGAACACAAAAUUCAUAAUAAAACAAAAACAAACCAAUAAUCUCCCUCCCACAAACACAUUUUAAAAGCCAUAGAAUGUUAAUCAGCCAAAUGCCUGGUUGAAGUGAAACAUUUUUGGCUGGCACCUAAAGAUAUGUAAUGAAGGCACCAGGCGAGCCUCCCUGGGGAGAGCAUCCCACAAAUGGGGAGCCACUGCAUAAAAUGCCCAUUCUUAUGUUGCCACCCUCUGGACCUUUUGUGGAGGAGGCACAUGUAUAAGGGCCUCAGAUGAUGAUCACAGCGUCUGGGUCAGUCCAUAUGGGGAGAGACAGUCCUUGACGUAGUGCAAUUGUGAGCUGUUUAAGGCUUUAUAGGUGAAAACCAGCACUUUGAAUUGGGCCCAGAAGCUAAUUGGCAGCCAGUGUAGUCGGGCCAGAAUCGGUAAAACAUACUCAAACUGUCUUGUCCCGCUGAGCAACCUGGCUGCUGAAUUCUGCACCAGCUGAAGUUUCUGAACUUAUUAGAAGCUGUGCCAUGACUGGAAGAGUUCCUCUCAAAAAAUGCUGCUUGAGGCACAAAUGUAAUCAUAUUUUCAAGGUUCCCUCUGGUUUUUAAAAGAUCGUUGGGAGAGGUCCUUCCCUUCUAUCACACCAAUAUCAGAGGCAUGUUUUGCAAGGGCGCAAGACAGGGCCUGUACCUAGGCUCUGGAACUAAUUUCUGAGGGAGGCCCAAUUAGCCUUCUCUAUUAACUUUCUGCCACCAGAUGAAGCCGUUGCCCCGACAGAGUGAUUUGUGUUUCUGCUGCUGGUGUUUCUUUGGGAUGCUUGUUUUAAUUUUCAGUGUUGCUUUUUCUCUGCUCUUGCUUUUAUUUAGGGUUUUUAAUUACAGUUUUAUUUAUCGCAUUGCUCUGCUUUUAUACUGAAUUAAAUAUUCAGUAUAUUAUUGUUAGAUGCCUAUUGGCACCUAGUGAGGAUGGUGGAGGGUAAAUAAUAAAUGAUACAAUAAAUAGAUGUGUGGAGGCGGAAAUUAAUUAAUAAUUAUCUGUAUUGGUCGAUUAGAGCAAAGUCAGUAUUCCCCUGGUGAUUGACUAACUGUGCAACUUGCUUAAAGAGAUCUGGGGAGCAUCCAUUAUGCUUUGGUCCCUGCAUUGAUACCCACAGUCAAUCAAACUGGUUUCUCACCCCUCUAAUUUUCCUGUCCCCUUUAUCCUCAGGAUGAACAAGAUGCAGCUAACUACUUCCUCUUGGCCUUGGCUGCUGCCACUGAGCUUGAUGACCAGGCUUGGGAAUGCAAGAUUCAGUCCAAGCUGGCACAAAUAUAUCAUGCUUCCCAGUCUGAUAAGAGCCCAAGGGGGUGGACCACGUAUCGGGCCCGGUGGCUGAGCGAAGGAAGACGUGAUGUAUGA